CCCAAAUCUCAGCAAAGGUUCUCUCUUUUGCCAAGAGCUCCUUAAAGCACCUGUGAACUUCCGGGCAAAAGAAAACAGUAACCACUUCUCUCAAAAAACAAACAGUCCUUUCUUCUUCCUCCUCCUCCUCCCCAAACAAUCCUAGACCAGGAAGUGGGAGAAAAGUCUGAAAUCCGGUUUCCUUUGCUGCGAUCGCUGAUGGCGUUGCUUGGGGCGACCCGGUUGUCCGAGGCGCGCAGCUGAAGACCCCGGAGAGCGCUUCCAAAAGGUCGCCUUGAUAAUGGCGAAGGCGCGCUUGGCGCAAAACGCCACCCUCGCGCGUAAAGAGAGCAGCAGCGGGUUUCUUUCCAGCGGGUGGUACUACUCAAACCAGGUAAGCAAAAUGUUACACAGAAGUCUUCACCUCUGCCCUAAAUAAGGGACUUUUAGGGCCAGAAGUGUGCAUCUGGCACACCGAUAAUGUUUAAUGUUGGCCAGAAAAGCAACAACAAAACCUCCGCAAUUCCCUACUGCAAGAUAGCCUCGUUUUGUCCCUCUCUUUGCACCCAGCACCAUAAAUGUAUAGUCAACGUUACAUACAGGACUCUUACAUCAGAGAGGUGGUUGUGACGAUGCUAUAGGGCAAAGGAGAACCAUUAAUUCUUUGGAGGAGGGGUGCGCUAAGUGUGCAAACCUCGUGGGCAGUGUGCAAAAACCAACCAACCACUGGGACACCAGAUACAACCAGAGGCUGUUUUCAGAGAGCGAUUUGGCUAGUGGAAAUGUUUCAAAAUCUGGGUGGCUGUGGUAGGUCUUCUGUGGAGCGAUAGGAAUACGCGAAAUGUGGAACCAGUGGUGUCAGAUGCUGCGCCCUUUGGAAUUGUGGGAAAGAGUGCAGGAAGGCAAAGAACUUCUCCUCACCUUCCCUUUCUAUGGGUGGUAACGUUCUGCUUGCAUGGCAGGCCUUCUACUACUGAGCUACAGCCCUUCCCUGAGGCAGUGACUAGUUCAAAAUGACUUAGCCAAUGAGAAAAACAUUUCUCCUCUUCGUUCCCCAGGCAAAAGUGGUUUUGCCACCCUAAUAACAUAAAGUACAUACAUGGAGGUGACAGUGGCAGCUGUAUCCUUCAGAAAUGAAACACAUGAUGUGGCAUCAUUGCAAACAGUGUUCCUCAUUCUCUUGCAAGGGGCAGACAGUGAGCUGAGGUGGGGGAAAUGUUGAGUGUUAUGAUGUCAGGUCACACCACUUUUGUUUUACUGGAUGUUACCAUGGUGAUGCACGGGAACGAUGCUGUUGGCCAUAGCUACGUCUACUCAGUAAUGUCUAGUUAAGCCUUUUUUAGGACAGUAGAACCUUGGAUUAUUACCAAAUGCUAAUCAAACUGUAGAAUGUGAGUAAACAGCAUUAGCAUUUUGAGAUCAACUUUCUCUGGACCCAAAAUGUGAACAAGGGCUCCAAGAGAGAAGUUUUUUGAUGGCUAACCCCUCCAUCUUGGGGACUUAUCAAAAGUCUGAGAUCUAGUUCCACCCAGACUGAGGUCACAUUGCUUUGCAUGGGAGUUCAGCACACGCUUAACCCUUGCUCAUUAAAAUCAGCAGGAUGUAAAUGUACUUAAAUUUGGCUGGAUUAUGCCCACAGUAUUAUUUUUUAAAUCGAAAUUGGCAUUUUAUCUUCUUGGCUUUAUCUUGUUUUUACUGUUCCUUUGUAAUUAUUGUGACAUAUGUUAUUAUUCUGAACUUCAGUCCAUUGGGAUGGAGUGUAAUAUACAUGAAAUAAUUUUUUUGUGAUGGUCUAGAGAGGUUGUUUAAAUGCACAUUUGGUGACUAUUGUGUUGCCAGAGGAGCUAGGAAAUGCUUGCAUUUAGUAUACAUACAUUAUCCCAUUGGUAUUUCUGUUAAUGCAAAGCAGAAACAAGAAACAACCUCCCUUUAGAUCUCACAUUAUUUGUAAAGAAUUCGUGCGAAAGCUUAAUUGCGAUAUUUAUUACACCAGAUCUUAUUAUGUGUGUAUUUAUUAUUUAUCUUCCAUGAUCCUCAAAGGUGCUGCUAUUAGUUACAUAAGCUUUUUUAGGUGCCUUGCCCUUUUUAUUAUUGAAAAUGAUGAUGUGGACUUAACCAAACCACACCUGAUGAGAUGUUUCUCUUUUUAUGAUAACACAGCAUGGUACUGCCCUAAAUUUUUCUUGUAUGCUGUUGCUUUGUUAACUCUAGGUGAUCCUCAACAUUAGUAAUACUCAGAGUAGACCCAUUGAAACUGAAAUCACUCCAGUUGAUUGAUUUCAGUGGGUCUGUUCCAAGUAUCGUUGGAUAUAAGUAGAUCUUGUGGGCAUUUCAAAUAUUCUAACCUUGGUUUAGUUCAAGCCAGCUAAUUUUUUUCCUCCAAACUUCUAUAAAAAUUCUGAAUGGUUCAUUCGGAAAGGUUUCAGCCUUGAUAUUUUUACGUGUCAAAUCUAGUAAGGUACCUUAUACAGUGGUACCUCAGGUUAAGUACUUAAUUCGUUCUGGAGGUCCGUUCUUAACCUGAAACUGUUCUUAACCUGAAGCACCACUUUAGCUAAUGGGGCCUCCUGCUGCCCCCGCACUGCCGGAGCCCAAUUUCUGUUCUUAUCCUGAAGCAAAGUUCUUAACCUGAAGCACUGUUUCUGGGUUAGCGGAGUCUGUAACCUGAAGCGUAUGUAACCUGAAGCGUAUGUAAGCCGAGGUACCACUGUAUUCAGCAAAAGCUGGAAGACUUAAGCAAUACAAAACUAAAGCUGGAAUUAAUCCAGGGUAGUUGUUGUUUUUCCUUUUAGGUGGUGCUUGGAUUUAAACUGAUCUGUUGCUUUUGAAAUAUAGUUAGGAGUCUAGGAAGUGUCAUAGAACACAGAUAUUUGGCAUGGAACCUUCAUAUUCUCUCUAGAAGAGAAUAUUCACUUCAUAUUCAGUCAUGCUUAAGCCCAUUUCCGCCAGCAGAAAUAAAUAUCCGUAACAGGAUUAAAACCCAAAAGUAGCAAGUUUCCUGUGUCACUGGUGUGAUGUGGUGUCAAAGGAGAAUUUACCUUUUCUCAGGGGUCACUUCCAUGACAGGUGAACCAUUCUUGGAUUGUACAGCCAAUUCUGAUUCAGUACUGUCCAGUGGCACACCAUUGUGGGCUGACGUUCAUCUGGACUGUAGGCUCAGCUGCACUGAACUGGUGGACCCUAUCCAUUACAUCAGAGCCUACUGGGUUUAUCCUGUGGCAGUGUCUCUUCCAUCAGGCUGGAAGCAUAUCUGAGCAGCAGGAUAUAUACUGCCUAAAUCAUCUCUUGUGUACAGUGGUACCUUGGGUUACAGAUGCUUCAGGUUACAGACUCCGCUAACCCAGAAAUAGUACCUCGGGUUAAGAACUUUGCUUCAGGAUGAGAACAGAAAUUGUGUGGCGGCGGCGUGGCGGUAGCAGGAGGCCCCAUUAGCUAAAGUGGUACCUCAGGUUAAGAACAGUUUCAGGUUCUUAACCUGAGGUACCAUUGUAUAUGUAUAAUGUUGGUGCGAUGAGAAAGGCCUGUUACUCUGCCAUGCCAGGAGUGGGAAACCUGUGGCUCUCUAGAUGUUGUUGGCCUCCAACUUUCAAUAGCCACAGCCUCAUGGCCAAUCACUCAGGAUGAUGGGAACUGUAGUUCAACAACAUUUGGAAGGCCGCAGGUUUCCCAUGCCUGCGCUAUCUAUAUCACUUUGUAUUGACAUUACGGAAAUGUGGCUAUUUGGGUAACACCGUGAGAGUCAACGGCAUGUUCUUUUAGUUUUUUGAUGACCGCAUAUAGCAUAAAAAUAUUGAGUGUGCUGUUGGUGAGAAACAAGUGGGAUCUGAAACAAAAUGCUGUAAGUGAUUUCAUUGAGUCAUGCCCUUUCUCUGGUUCUUUAUCCCUAUUGCUAUAGAACCUUUGGCUAUAAAACUAUCUUUAGGGAGCUGUUUGAGUAGCCUUAGAGGAAAUGAGCAGUCAAUCUUGGAAAGGUUUUGUUUCAAGCUUAAGCAGUGAAGCUACGUUUAUCUGAACAGUAUGUUAGAAGUUUAGGAAUGGAGCAUGCUAGAAAAAAAUCUACCCUCUUGAAGCAGAGGUUGUGUAACGCAUCUCUUUAGAUGGACAGAGUAACUAUAGUAUAUCAGCAUCUAAAGAAGCACCAUUGUAUAAAUAUUUCUACUCUGCUGCCUUGUGAUUUUAAGGACUUAGAGAAAGAGAGCGAGAGGAUGGCUGUUACAAAACAGCCUGGUUAGAUUUGUUGCCUUAAGCUGCAUUAGAAGGAAGGUAUAGAAAUGUGCUGUACAGUUGCAGGAGCGUCCUGCAGCCAAUCGGAAGCUGUGACAGACAUGCAGCUUCCAAAAAUUGUUCGAAAACCAAAACACUCACUUCCGGUUUUUGAUCAUUCGGGAGCCAAAACGUACGAGUUCCAAGGCGUUCGGCAACCAAGGUACGACUGUACUUUGAAUGUAUCUCUCCUUGUAGUUUUAACCAAAUCGAAAACUUUCUACAUGUUGUUAUAUACUGUCCUUUAUAUAUUUCUUUGAGAAAGCAAUACCUGGAACAGAUUUGUAUACAGUUGCAAAACCUGCACAUUUUCCUUUGGCAAUAAAGUAAUUGAUGAGAUAAUAACAUUCUAUAGAGAGAACACUGUGUUUUGCCAAGUUGAUUCAGAAUCUUAAGCUCACGCUGGUUUUGCAUACUUUUAGUCAGAUUUGCAUAAUUUAUAUAUAUUUUUUCCGUUUUAGUGUUUGCUAGAAAUCCAGAACUCUUUUAUUUACUUGUUGAAUUCGCAUCCUGCACUUUCUCCCAAAGGAGUCCAGGGUGGCAAACCACAGAUAAAAUAAUACAAUUAAAAAUCAUUUUUAAAAAAUAAAAUACUUAAAGCAAAUAAAAAUAUGUGAAACAGUCACAGAUUUUCACACCCAAUAAUUUCAAGUUGCUAGGAGCUGUAUCUUUCAGCCACUGAAUACCUGGGGGUUAACAAGGAUGUUUUAAAAUUCCUCCUGAAAGUUAGUAAUGAGGGAGGGAGACACAUCUCACCAGGGAUGGAAUUCUACAAAUGGGGAAGCACCUCUGAGAAGACCUAGCCAAUGGGGAGCUUCCAAUGAGAGACAACCGCACCCCAAUUGGUUCCAUUGCUGAACUAGUCCAGUAUGUUGGCAUUGUCUCACAUGAACAACCAAUUCUACUUUCUGUAUGAUUCGGGCGUGGGGUGGGAAUCAAUGUUGGCAGCUCCUUAGGAUUCUCAGUCUUUUUUCUUCUUUUUCAAUAAUUUUCUUCGUGGGCAAGAUGGGGAAAUUGGGGAGCUGGUAUGCAAGAUGCGUACCGUAGAUGAAUAUUCAGCAUGUCUCGGGUACUUUUACCAUUUAGGCUCUGCUGUUAGGGUACGGAAGAGUGUUUGUAAAUAGCAGGCAACAUAGCUCAGCCCUACCCUUGAAAGAGCAGGAAGUAUUGCAGCCCCAAUCCCCAGCAAGUUAUUCUAUAAAUGAAUGAAACUGUGUUCAUAUUUGCCUGCUGUUCCACUAAUUAUCUGUAUUACUGUACACAAAUGUUUUGUUUCUGCAGACUUUGCUCUUAGGCGUCUUGUUGGCAAUCGCAGGAAACAUUCUCAUUAGCAUCUCUUUGAAUCUGCAGGUAAGAAAAAUCUCCUUUGUAUGGUGAUUGGUAAUGAGAUCUAAGCAGCAAACUGUGUGCACAGGCUUCCAGCCAUAAUAUUUAAUGUUGGUUAAUAGCGCACUUACAUAACACAGCACUGAGCUACUGAUUACCUUACAAUAUGCUCUGAGUUUUAUUCCUCUGUUCAGACAUAAAAGCACACUUAAAGUUCUGCGACUUUUAUAUUUAACUUGUUGAUAUUUGACUACACAACUUAUUUUCAACCUUCUUCCUGUGAAUUGUAUUUAGUAUUGUGAUUUAUUUGGGGUUUUUUUUGUAUGCUACGCAAAAGUUCCUAAGCAUAGGAGCCACCAUAUCAAAUUUCCGUAUAAACAAGAGCCACAUCCCUGUGCCUCCUUAACAGUUGCCACAUUUCCUUCUUUUCGGUCCCUAUACUUUGCCCAUAUUAAGGCAAAACGUCUGAAAGUGAGCUGAGCAUCGGCUUGCAGCGCAGAGCAGUGAUCGGAUUACCACCCUUCCAUGAAAUCAAUGCUCACCACGCACUCAGUAAUCCUUGUCCCGCAGUAAAGAUCUUUUGACUACCAAUUUGAAUGUUACAGCUCCCAUGUGGAAGCCAAUGGAAAUUGAUUCUGUAUGCGAGCGCUUGGCUUAAUCGCUCUACCAUUUGAAAGCAGCUUUUCAUAUCGCCACCAUCCCCUCUCUUUCCUGUGUUCAGAUUGUUGUUGUUAUGAUGAUGAUGAUGCGUUCCUCACCAAGGCGGCCCAAAGCAACUUACCAAAAUAGUAUAAAUACUAUAACCAAUUAUAACAAAACACAACCAAUAAAAGCCCAAAAAACACAUGUAUUCAAAUAUAAGUCAGGUCUUACAGAUCCUGCACCACUAAAAGAAGCCACAAAACAUAGAAUUGUAGGGUUGGAAGGGACCACAAGGGCCAUUUCAAAUCCUCACAAUGCAGAAAUCUUUUGCUCAACAUGGGGCUAGAACCCACAACCCCGAGAUUCAGAGUCUCAUUCUGUACCGACUGAGCUAUUCCAGGUUCAAAUAUCUGAAGCCAUUCAAAUUAAGGACCAAAAUCCUGGGUAAAAAGGAAGUGUUUUGCCUGGCAGCUAAAAACCAAAAAUGUCUCAGGACAUGUCUCCUUGUGGAGAGUGGGAAAGCCACCACUGACAAGGUGUGUUCUCAUGUUGCCAUCAUUCUGCCCAUUUAGGGCCAGGUAUGUGUAUGAAACGGAGGGCAAAACAGAGAACUGCAUGGGGCCCACUGUGUCUGUCAAGAAGCUGUGCCCCUUCUGUAGCAGUUUAGUAUAAAAAGGUAAAGGUAAAGGGACCCCUGACCAUUAGGUCCAGUCGUGGCCGACUCUGGGGUUGCGGCGCUCAUCUUGCUUUACUGGCCGAGGGAGCCGGUGUACAGCUUCCGGGUCAUGUGGCCAGCAUGACUAAGCUGCUUCUGACGAACCAGAGCAGCGCACGGAAACGCCGUUAACCUUCCCGCCGGAAGCACUUUGACGUGCUUUCGAACUGCUAGGUUGGCAGGAGCAGGGACCGAGCAACAGGAGCUCACCCCAUCGCGGGGAUUCGAACUGCCAGCCUUCUGAUUGGCAAGUCCUAGACUCUGUGGUUUAACCCACAGCGCCAGUUUAGUUUAGCAGCUGAUUAAUGCUUUUCAUUAGUAAUACAAUUUUUGAAAGCACUAUCUCAGAGCUUAUCCAGACUUACCUUUUGCCCCACUCUUUGCAGGCACAGGUCUACACUUAAAAACUUUGUGUCUGAGCGAUUUCGGGUGGGGGUUUUUUGCCCCAAGCUUUCCCUGGGAAAACCUACUCUUUAAAGCUGAAUUGGAGCAAAUGCCAAUUCAGGUUUUCUGCAAAUGGAUGUUUCCUCCAAUUGAGCUUUAAAGAGUAGAUUUUCCCAGGGAAAGUCCCAGGGCAAAAGAAAAGAUUGCUUCGAUAUGGAGCUUUUAACCGUGGACUGUGCUUGGAAAGAGUGGUAAGUCUGGAGAAACCCUCAACGAAUCGCAGACAAUCCUAAUUACUGAUUGUGUGAACCAAGUUUCCUCUGUCCAGAUCUAAAUACAAAUCUAAAUAAUUCCAUUUAGAGCUUGCUGCCAAAGAAAUCAAAUAUUAAUUUUUGUCAUUUGGUGGUCUCUUUGUACUUGUGGUUACAUGCAGUUUCUCACCUUCCCCUCUUAAGUGAAGCUAAUGUCUUAUCAGUCUUAUUCAGACUGGCACCUGGCUGGGUCUUUCAUUCUUUUUGGUUUCUUGGCAUUGACACCAGGAUGUCCCUAAGAAUUCGAAGAGUUUUCUGAAAAAUUCAUUAUUUUGAAAGUAGCUCCAAAGUCAUGCAUUGCAAACCACCUACACAGAAUGCUAACUUCAGUUCAUGCUGUCAUUUUUAUUCCAGGGAGUGUUUAUUUAGGGACUGGAGAUUUAUAUAAUUUCUUCAGCACUGAUAGCAGGAUGCACAAAGCUUCUGCAAUGCCAUAUUGAUGUCAAGUACAAUAUCUGUUACAUGCAUGCAAAGCCAUGUCUUUCAUUCACAUGCUGUCCAUCAUAUCUAACUUUUAGAAAUACUGUCAUAUUCGACUCAUACGUCAAGGCAGUCAGAAGCCCUUUUACAGAAGCAAGCUUUGGUGGUUCGGCAUUAUACUCAUGGGGACUGGAGAAAUUGGGAAUUUCGCCGCCUACGGAUUUGCUUCAGUCAUGCUCGUUGCUCCAUUAGGAAAUGUGGCUGUCAUAGGUAAGAUGACCCGACCCCCGACCCCAUCCCUUAUUCAUUGUCAAAGAACGAGCCAGAAAUAACUCACACAGUUCAAAGUUGGAGUUAACUCUUUAUUACCAAAAACACGACUUCACAGACUCAGCUAAGUGUCAGGUCUAAUGAGCAAAGCAGCUCAUCCGUGGUAGGUCUUACCUCAUGAAUCAGUUGCCGAGACUGACAGUCUCCACCUCCCCACAGCUGCCUUAAGUCUCCUCUUCUCCAGAAUUUUUUCCCCAAGCAAUCAGAGGCUAUGCCUGUGUGCAGCCAAGCUCUCCUCCGCCUUUUUCAUGCCUCUUCUGGUUCUGGGCAUAGCUGUCAACCGUCCCUUAUUUGGCGGGAAACUCCCUUAUCCCAGCGCCGUGUCCUGCUGCUGUCCCUUAUUGAUGAUGUCCCUUAAAUUUCCCGGGUUUCAAAGGAAGCAGCUCCUCUCCCUCCCUCCCGGCCGGCCAGGGAGGAGGGAGGCUCCAACUGUGUUGCUUAGCUGCGUUGCUCACCCAAUAAGGAGUCUAAGAACGACUGAGGGGGUGGAGCUUGCAUGCCUUGUGCCGAUCAAAUCGGCCGCGUUGCCUGGGGACUCGCCUUUGCUCAGCGCUUCCCAGCGGAAAGGUGACGGUGGUUUUCCUUGCUGCAUCCCCUUUGCCGGGUUGCUGCGCUGUGGGAACCACCGCUUGAGGCUUUGUUUGGCUGCUGGCUGGGCUUUCUGCCUUUGCCUCGGAGGGGCUCAGAAGUUGAACAUACCUGUGCCCAGAAAAUCCCUUAUUUUGGCUCCUGAUUCCUUAUUUUCGAGGCUGCUGGUCCCUUAUUUUCAAAUCUGUAAGUUGACAGCUAUGGUUCUGGGAGUCAAGGGGGGAGGGCAGGAGGGGGAGACCCUCAUGACUUUUCACCAGUCCGACACAUUCCUGCCUCUUUGCUGCCUCCCUCCAACUCUCUUGCUUCAGCCUCUGCUUCUGAGCCUGGACUACUUCUCUCUGCCACAGAUUCUCUCAGCUCACUAAGGCCUGUUACGUCUUCAUCUUUGAACACCUCCUCUUCCCAGUCUUCUCCCUCUGAGCACUCAUUGUUGUUCUGCCACCACUCCCUGGGAUUUGAGCCUUCGUCCCUUAGUGGUUCCCCAGCUGGCUCCUCCCACCUUUCCUCUGUGACAUCCAUGGAGAUUUUUCUUUCAGUUAUUUGAGAUAAUUGCACAAAUGGUUAAGGAAAGUUAAGAGACAUAUAAGAGAGAUCCCUGGAGAGAGAUAUUUGCUAGAAAAGGAAGUAUUCCAGUGGAAGGGAUGUGCUAUAAAAUCUCUGCGCUUUUUUUAAUAUUAUAACAUUGUCUUGGAUUCCAAGAUGCUGUUGCAUGAGCAUACUGGAUCAUGGGACAGAACAGCUUUCCCCAAUAUGGUGCUUUCCAGAUGUUUUGCGCUAUAACUCCCACCAUCCCCAGACAACAUGGCCAAUGGUCAGGGGUGAUUUGGAGGGCUGCAGGUGCGCCAUACCUGCUCUGUUUGUAUAGCUUUGUACCAACAUUAUGAAAACUGGCUAUUUGGGUGGUAUUAUAGGAUUCAAUUGCGUGGACUUUUCAUUCUAUGAUGACUGCAUAUAUGGCAUAAAAAUAUUGAUAGGCCUGUUAGAGAGAAACGAGUGGCACCCACAACAAAAAGUGUAAUUUGCCUGUUUAUGAUUCUAUCCAGUCAUGCCCUUUGCCAAGAUAUUCCAUUUCUUUUAACCCUCAGCUUUCUGACUCCCCCCUCCCCAAGUUGAACAGCAUUUCUACUGAGCAUGCGUCAUCCUCAUGGGGCUGUUUUGAGUUCACCACUACCAUCUGUAGGGUUUACCCCUUUAAAUAUAUGCUGCAUACUAACAUACAUUAAGAUUUCCCAAAGUCUGCUGAUAGCUUCCUCUUGUGUCUGAAUAGCACCUUUUCAGACGUCGUUAGUGUCUAUGAUGAAGAUGAGUUCUCAUGACUAAUUCCAGCUGUGACAGCUGUGGGAAAAGCCAAUUCUGGGAUGAUAUCUGUCUGCUUCAGCCUGUACCAAGCCAAAUUCUGCUUUUUGCUAUGUCACAGUUAAGUCAAAGGGUGCAAAUGACUGGCUCCAUAUAGACAGGGUACUUUUUGUGUCGGGGACAGAAAUGCUUGAGCAAAUAAACGCUGUGUCAGUUAGAUAAUCGUUAUAGCAACUGUCUUGGUACCUUGGUGAUAUUUGAAAGACCCAGCGUCAGUUUCAGGCCUAGUUUUUCCACACAGAGUAUAAGAAUUUCAGGGGGAAAGUUUGUCCCUUUCUCCCAGUGGGGGGGCUGUUUUUCAUACCAGAGCAUUCAGUCAUGUGUUCCCCAUCCCUCCCCAACCACAGUCUGAAGUGGUACCAGUGAGACAGAAGUCUACCACCAUGAGGCAUCAUUGAGAGAAGUAAUUUAUAUUCUAGGUGGGUUCAUUUCCCCCUGCCUCAACACACACACGCUAUUUUUCAGUCAGAGAGCUGCAGUGUUACAAGCUGUUGCUUGGAUACUAGCACUUUCUGCUCACGAAAGCUGUCAUCCUAAUAUUUCACAUGAAAUGGUAAUCUUAAGUUGAUGGGUUUCUUAAGUGCAUUUCAAGUAACUCCUUUUUAAAAAGGCCUUUGCUGUUAUUAUCUUCGUCAUAAUUUAUACAGCCCCCAGUAGCUCGUUAUAGCAAUUAUACUUAAAUUAUUUCUAGGGAGAAGAAAGUUAUGUGUCCUCGGGGGGAUGUUUCCUGCUGAUGAAGCAAGUGUACACACUGCUGUUUAUCUCUUUUUAAUCCCUUGAUAGCAUUUGAAACAGGACACUGAUUUUAACAAAUGUUUUGCAAUGCUUGGAAGAACCAUAUGUGAGUUUUCUGCUGCAAAUGCCAUUUUCUUCAUUGGCUGUUUCUAUGGGUCAUUGACACAAUGGAAAUAUGCUAGAUUUACUUUCAUUUUUUUGAAAAGAGAAACUUUUUAAAAUGUUCCAUUAGACAAAAAACUCGCUACAAAUACAACACAAGCCCACUGGGUAGUGGGUUGCACCAGAAUAUCUGUGCUGUUUAUUUGUACUACUUCAGGAUUUUAACCACUUCAUUUUGCUGCAUUUGUAAAUUAAGCAAGUCUCUGUGGGGCUGAGAUACUGCCUGAAAGGAAUUUCCCAUGGUGCAUAAUUCACAUCCCUGUUGUGACGUGUAUAUGUACCACCUAACAAGGUCUCGUAAGAAUGUUCUUGAGGUGUGACCACAAUACAGUGGUACCUCAGGUUAAGUACUUAAUUCGUUCCGGAGGUCCGUUCUUAACCUGAAACUGUUCUUAACCUGAAGCACCACUUUAGCUAAUUGGGCCUCUUGCUGUUGCCACGCCGCCAGAGCCCGAUUUCUGUUCUCAUCCUGAAGCAAAGUUCUUAACCUGAAGCACUAUUUCUGGUUUAGCGGAGUCUUUAACCUGAAGUGUGUGUAACCUGAAGCGUAUGUAACCUGAGGUACCACUGUAAAAGGGAAUUAAAUUCUAUUGAGCAAUGGGAACCACAAAGCCCCUGUCCAUGUAUGGCAGGGAUUAGAGUUGGAAAGAAGCAGAAAUGAUGGUGGGAAUGGCACAUAUCAAAGCCUGUAAAGUCAUGUGGAAGGCACUGUUGAAACUCCACAACCAUUUGUUGCCAGGAGGGUGCCCAAGUUAUGUAUGCACAAGGAGAAGUGGGUAGUAUUAGUGGCAGUUUAAGAGCCCCCAAAUAACAGUGUUUGAGGGAUGUGCUAUGCAGAGUACUCCUUUCACAAGCCCUGUCUCUUGGAUUGUAGCCAAUUUUCCAUGGAAUUAUUAUUAUUUUUUUUUAAGUGUGUGGAAGUAAACUAGGAGUCUAGUUCCAGCACCAGGAUUUGCCAGGAUUAUAUUGCUGAUGUGGAGGCAAAUGGGUGCUUUUCUUGUUAUUAUUGUUAAGCAAUGUUAUCGCAGGCGACUUCAUCAUCUUUAAUAUAUUCUCUUAUUACGUAACAUUUAACAAUGACUGUUUGUUCCCCAGGUAGUGCAGUUAUUUCUGUCUUAUUCCUAAAAGAGUACAUAAGAUCCGAAGGUAUAUUAGGUAAGUAAAUGCUUGCUGCCAGUCUAAUACUUGGAGUGCUGUUUUGAUAGGGGAAAUAAUGCUGCAUUAAUAACAAGAUAUAUUUAUGCCCCCAACAUUUGUCAGCUGGAGAUAAAUAUGCUUAUUUUAAAAUAGGUUGGAACAUAGUUUUAAUAAUAGGCAGGGUCAUCCAGUUUUGCUCCAAAAAAUGUUAUGCAAGCCUGGAUUUUAAACCCCAAAGUCCAUUGAAUCUAUUUUUUUCUGGUAAGUUUUCUUCCUGUUCCAAUCAUAGACUCAUAGAAUUGUAGAUUUGGAAGGGGCCACAAGGGUCAUCUAGUCCAACCCCCUGCAAUGCAGGAAUCUUUUGCCCAAUGUGAGGCUUAAACACACGACCCUGAGAUUAAGAGUCUCAUUCUUGACUGAACUGUCCUAGGUAGACUUUUAUCUGUAUCAAUUAAAUGGGCAUUUUCUGUUUAUGCUCAUGUUUUUGCUUCCAGUUUUUAAAUUGGGAGAUAAUACUUCAAUAUUUUACAUAUUUUGAUAUGUUUGACAACAGUAGGAGUCCUAUCAAAAACAAGGCAUCUAAUUGCUUGAUCAUUCUGCUCACAGCUCUUUUAAUGUUGAUAUUUGCACACAAGCUCUUUUUUAUAACAUUAAAAAAUAGUAACUGUUUGUUCCUUUUAUAGUAAUUUGGUUAUUUCCAAGAGCAUUUCAGCAAUGUUUUGCUGGCACACAUGAUCUCAGUUGCACAAAACACUGGACUUUAUGUCUGCCUCAAAAACAUUUUUGCAAAUUAAAUCUGCCUUGCUCUACGGUUCGUUUAUUAGAUAUGUGACUAGUUCCAGCAGAUAUUUUGGUUGCUUUAUGUAAGACAAUGAGUCUAUAGCUAUUUUUGGCAUUUGAGAUUACUCUGGCCAAUUGCUACAUAAAUGUUGUUGACAUAUUUGAGAUGGCUGUGAUUCUCAAACUUUGUCACAAUGCUUAUUCCCACAGCAGCUGUCCAUAGUCAUAGUUCUGCUCAUGUGCUCUAAAACUCAACCAGAACACUAGGAUGUAUUCCUGGGAAAAGUAUUGUUUUCACUCACUAACCUUCACCCAACAAAAAGCUUUGGCACCAAAUUCAGGAAACCAGCUGGGCAGACAAGUCAGCCCAUUCUGGUCUUUGUCUUCACUAAGAUUAUGGAUGGGUCUACCACAAUGGGAUGUGUCAUUUCAAGGGGGUGAAACUUGGUUUUUGCAAAUUUAUUCAGUGAGGGGGUUUGGGGGCGUGAGGAAUUCAAAUAUGCUAUUAUUUUUGUGACUGGACAACAUUUAGCAUGGCAAAUCUUCAUUUGAUUAAAAAGCACAUCAACUACUCUUGGAAAACCAAAUAAUUUUAAUUUUACCUUCUGAAAAUGUUGGGUAAUGCUGUAAAAUUUUUAGUUUUUCUGCAUAAAGCACAUGCUACUAAGGAUACACUGUAAUCAUAAAACAACAUUAGAAACUAAUGACUUCAGCUAAUAAGAAAUUUAAAUAAGUUUCAUUAAGUCUUGCUUUGAUUUGCUCUUGGACAUCAGCCUCUGACUUGCUUCUUGGCCUGAUUUAGCCCUCACAUUUCUUAUGUCCAUAUACCCUGGCCGUUGCCUCUGCAACUUGUUUCACACAUCUCUCUAUAGACUGAACAUGAUAGGGCCACUGUGGAAUUUGCAUGGGCUCGUCAGUGAACUUCUCUACUUCCUCUGUAGUAAGUUUACAUGUCAAAGGAGGUUCAUAUAUCCUGUUAGACCAGUCUAUCAGCUCCAACAGGGACAAAGCACUGGUGAAAGGUGCCUUUCUAGACAUACAGAAAGAUCUCCCAGUGUUUCAUCAUCUCUGCCCCUCAGGUCAAUGAUCUUCUGGGCACCAGCUCUCCUCUUCUCAUUGUCAUAGGAGCAUGAGAGUGUAUGGAUUAUUUCACUGAAUGCAUACCAUGCUGAGCGCCAGGCAGUUGUCAAAACAGCAUCUACCACAGUCUUCUUUUGCAGCCUAACUCACCACAGCUGAAACAAGAAGUGGUGUGGGCCUUCUACUCAAGGAGUGUUUUACUUUGCUGUUGAACCAGCAGGGGUACUACACACAAAUGAUGUAUUCUAUUAACAGCCUUUAAGCUGUUGCGGGAUUUGCCUUUAAAGCCAUUGGAACAUUGGAAUAUGCAGCAAAACCUGUUUGCUGUUGUUAACCACCUUGAAUGGCUCACUGGACCAAUUUCAAGAAGGGCCAAAUCCAUGGGAAGGUUUCCCUGUCCUUACGGCCUAUAUGAUCCAGUACCCAUAUGCUUGAUCUGUAGACAGAUCCCUUAUGACAUUGUCACUCAGUGAAGCAAGAGGCUCUCUAACUGGGAGUUUGGUGGGUGAAGGAUCAAUUUCAAAUUCCAUAGCAAUGUCUAGCAGUGAUACCUGUCCACUUGCUGUUAGACAAGGUCUUCCCAUCAACUGCUUGUGAACAAGUGCCACAGAGGUAAUUUGUUGGUGUGGAGGGUUCAAACCAGCCAGAUCAGUUUACGACCAAGCUUGACCUCUAUAUGAUAUAUAUUAGUAAAAAUAGCAUACAAAAUGCACUAUAUUGCAUAUAACUCUUUCCAAAAAAUGUGUAUGUCAGACAAAAAUUGUGUAUAGUAGGGGAUAUUUGCACUAAAAGGCUGGUGGGUUUUCAUGAGGCUGGUUUUUGUUUUUGUUUUAAUUGUGAACAAGUAUGUGGAGAACUGAAUUUCAGAUUAGAAAAACAGGAAACAGGGAAUAACCAAAACUGACAGAAUUCACCCAUCCCUAGUGACGAUUUGCAUACUUUUUGCCUACGCAGAAGUGCUAUCUGUGUGGGAAUGUCUAUCUUGUUUGGAGUGCCUGUCAUUCGUGCAAAAUGAAGAGGAUGACUGGGCUCCCUGCGCAAAUAAGCAGGCAGAUGAUGCAGGCUGUUAGUGUAAUGAUUGUAUGGUAAUUGCACAGCUGUUGUGGGCGUUUGGAGAAAGAAAUUGAGUGCUGCUCCAAUAGCCCUAUAAUAUUUAGUUAUUUGGUCCAAGUGAUACAUGGAGAAUUCAUCCCUCAGCUGAUCAUGUUCCCCUUCAGUCUUGUACGCUGCACAAUGUUUUAACUAGAGUUCUGGGCUGAUUUAUUUUAUUUCUGCGAGUUUGUCUUUGCCAUGGAGGUUUUUUAACAAUGUUGCUGCAUUCCAUUGGAGUUAGCUGUACCAUGGCAGAUACGGUGAUUGUUGGGAGGUUUGUGCAAAUACAUAAAUAUAGAACACUGUGGGGACUGUUCCCCCCCACCUCUAAAUUGCGAGUGUGCUAUUAUGUCCCAUUGAUGUUCUUUGCAGUAGUCUGUGCCCCAGAAACUCACGUUCCACAUUGAUUUAUUGAUUUCUUUUAUUUUAUUUUUAUGGGAUGGGACCUCUAAAAUAAAAUUAAAAAGCAGCCUAGAAACCGCAUAGACCAAUUUAAAAUUGGCAUUUGGCAGCACCGAAGAACACAAGACAUACUCAUGAAGAAAAGCACAUGUCUGUAUGCACUUGCACGUUCAAGAACACUCUGUCACAAGCCCACAUCCUCUUUUCAAUGAAUGCAGUUACCACACAGCCCUUCCAUGAGUGAUGUAAAGAAAGAAACUGCUACCGAAGGAAGGGGAGCAGAAUUCCUCACUUUCCUGUGCUGCGAUCAUUAAUUUUCACACUGCUCCCCGCUUCCCUUGGAAGUGAUCUUGAGAUAUCAGAGUGCUUUCUGAAGGCUCUGUGCAUACAUCUUGCUGCCUGGGGAAAUCCGCAGAGUCCGCAGGCUUAAGGAAGAGUUCUGGCCACUUGCAGAAGCAGUAGCUAUUAGUGGUGAGAGGUAGGAGGGCAAUGUAACUAUCCCAAGGCAUCAGAGCUGUGCUAUGCAACUACCAGCUCUGCAUUCAAACAACUGCUACAUAUGCGGUUGCAUCCCUGAUUUCAGUGAUAUUUACUUUCCCCCAAAUCCAAAUGACCCUCAGCCCACAAUUAAGAUACCUGGCCCGGCAUGUGUCAAUGUUUCACAUCAUCCUGGUGUCUAGAGGCAGUAUUAUGACAGAGGGUUAGCAUACCAGAUGAUGCUAACCAGUUUGCACCAGGUAGAUACAAAUACUGGACAAUGAGACUACCAGCAUGUCAGAAGGAGGAUGGUUCAAUGAGUCACUGUGUCUUGCUGUUAAGCAGAAGGUUGGUGGUUCGAGCCCACCCAGGGAUGGCUGUGGACAGGAUUCCUGCAUUGCAGGGGGCUCGACCCUUAAGGUUCCUUCCAACUCUACAAUUCUGUGGAAUUGUGUUCUGAAAUAAAGUUAAAAUGCAAGCAACAAGAAUCGAAAACAUGCAAAGCAGAACGGAAAGACCACCAAAUUAGAGGAAAGGGAAGUUCAUUGAUUAUAUUACUUGGUAUAUCAUGGGUAAACUUGGGGAGUAAUAUGAGUAAAACUGCCUAAGACAGUUUGGAUGUAUAUGCCGCCGAAUCAUAGUCAGGAAAACAAAUGCUCUCAUUUCUGCAGUCCUGGUAGUAAAGUCCAUUGAACUUGGUGAGUAAUAUGAGUAAAACUGCCUAAGACAGUUUGGAUGUAUAUGCCGCCGAAUCAUAGUCAGGAAAACAAAUGCUCUCAUUUCUGCAGUCCUGGUAGUAAAGUCCAUUGAACUUGGUGGACUUCUGAGUAGACAUGCAUAGAAUUGUGCUGCCUCUGUGGUUGGAAUGUGACCAGGUCAUAGGAGAUAAAUGGAGUUUGUGCAUAAUCAUGGUCUCCUAAAUUUGAUCAAACUGCUGCUGUUUAGAAGGUUCACUCUGGAAACUUCCAGUUACGUGUUUUGUAAAAAAUAAUAAGAAGAACAACAUGUUUGCCUACAUGUAUUUAUUUUGAAAGGUGGAACUGUGACGAUGGCAGGAACAUUUUUGGUGGUGACCUUUGCUCCCCGCGUUACCCAGGAAGUCACGGCAAGAAAGAUACAGAAUGAUUUAGUUAACUGGCAGUUCCUGAUUUAUGUGGUGAGUACAGUAUGCAAAAGUCGCUGUUUGCAAGUGCUGUGAUUCUGGAACCCAGCCAGUUGUGCCUCCUUCCAGCAUCCUCCAAUAUAGUCCACCUUCCCCUCUGCGCAACAGUCAUUUGGCAUUCUGUGGCCAUUGCCGUUUCCACAAGUCCACUGCUACUUUCCUGUUGUGCAUGGAAGGUACCGUUUUCGACCACAUAACGAUCAGCACUCAGAGAAUGAGUUCCCUCUCAGUAUAGUCAUACCUCAGGUUACAGAUGCUUCAGGCUGCGUUUUUCGGGUUACGGACCGCUGAAACCCGGAAAUACUGGAAUGGGUUACUUCCGGGUUUCAGCGGUCAUGCAUGCGCAGAAGCGCUAAACCGCGCUUUGUGCAUGCGCAGAAGCACCGAAUCGCAACCUGCGCAUGCGCAGACGUGGGUUGCGAACGCUGCAGGUUGUGAACGUGCAUCCCAUACGGAUCUCAUUCGCAACCCGAGCAUUCACUGUACAGGGUAAUUCAGGCACUCUUGGUUUGCAGAGUCAACAGGUAUUUCUCGUGUGGGAACCGAUUGUUCUUUCGGUCAAGGAUGUUCCUGUUUGCUUACUUCAGCUUCUACUCCUUCCACAUUCCUUGGGUCAAACGGAGUGUGAAUUUAAGAGUGCCUUUCCAAACUAUAGGGAAAUGAGCAUAGAAAAAAAGGCAAGGCCGCCUCCGCAGUUAGCUAAAGGCUAGUGUAACAAAACUUUUUUUUCUACAUGUAGUGUAAGUUUGGGUUUGAUACGUUUUAUGUAAAAUGCUCUCAAAUGAGAGAGCUGGCCCAGAGAUUCUGCACUAGCUGCAGAAACUGACUCUGCAAAGGCUGCCUUGGACUUUCUGGCAUUCAAGAAAGGGUGAGAGUAAAUUCAUACUUUUAGAAGCAUGGCAUGACGUGCUAGAUGUCAGAGAGGGAGGCUCUGCUUGUGGUGGCCUUUGAGUGGAAAUGCCUGUUUAUGGGAAUCUUGACAGAAUGGAAAACAUGAUUUAUGAGUCAGGAAUGCAUAGGAUUCAGGGUAUAGUUCAGCACAGACCCUUCAUGUCUUGUAAUCCACCCCUGAAAGACAAGAGGAGUUUGUUUUUAGUUUUUUUGUGGGAGAAAGACUGUUCUAGGUGGAUGAAUUAAAUGUAGCUCAAAACUGUUUCUUUACUCACAUCUGUUCAGAGGUCCUUAAUCUUUGGGGACUGGUGAACGCAUCUGGAAUUUUGAUAAAGUGUUGUGGGCGCUGUCACAAAAUGGUUGCCAUUCAUAAACAUGCUAUGGCAUUUUAAAGCAGUAUCAGAAUCGCUUCUGUGAUCAACAGCAUGCAACGUUUCAAACUUCAGUUGCAUAUUCUGGCUUGAAAAUACGAUUGGUGAAAGCACAACUCUGCAACUUCUUGGUUAGUUCUAUAAAGGGAAGGAAAGGGAAAUUUGCAUAUCAGAAGAGGGAAGCCAGCAAGCCCAUAGCACACUCAACAAUUUCCUAGCCGUCAUUAAAAGCCUGGAGCCAAAAUAUCCACUAUUCUGCUUUUGUUUCCCCAUUAUUUUAAGCAAGCGCCUUGCCCAGCCAACAUGUCCAGUGUCGUUUCUUUGUCAACGAAUAAAAAAACUUUCUUAAAAUCAUGGACUUGUUAGGGAUAAAUACCUUUCCUCACCUUCUAAAGCUUUAGGCUGCAGUCCAGGGAAGCACUUAGAACACCCAUUUGAACAUGUUUUCAGAACAUUUACUGGCGACCUAUUUUUUUUCUGCAAGAAGUAAAAAGGGGAGUUUCCAAAUGUAACUUGCUGCUCUUUAUUGACUUGAACAGAUUGAGGGCAAUUUUAGAAUUUUAAACCUACAGUUCCAGAUUUGGAAGCUGGGAUACCAAGGAAUGCCCAUACCUGAUUGGCUGUUUUAUUUAUGUAUUUUCUUUAGGUUUUAUUGUUUGACCAUAAGCCAUAACAAAACUGAAUAUGCAGCACAGAUGUCUAAAAUCAUAAUGGAACAGAGUAAUCAUAUAACAAAACACAGAUGAUUAAAAUCAACUGUUUUUUUAAAGAAAUGAAUCUAACCACAUGCUUUUCUGUGCAAAUGAGGAAGAGGCAACUUUUUCAGUUACCAAACUCUCCUUACUCACAGGAAAUUAAAAAAAGGCUUCAGAAAUAAAUAUCAGUAAUAAAAGUUGAAAAGCAAGAUUCCCCCCCCCCACAUAGUGGGGGCUCUUCCCCACCUUCCCUGGGGUUCCUUAAGAAAGACUUGUGUGCUGGGAGGGAAGGCAGAUGAGGCCAGGAAACCUGUGCCAUCUGCUAUUGUAGAAGAAACCUAAUUGGUAGUACUGUAUUUUCCCAUAGCUGAAUGCUAGAACAUCUCUUUGCAUGCAGAUCCUUGGUUUAAUCCCCAGCAUCUCUAAGUGGGGCUGGGAAUGUUCCCCUGCCUGAUACCCUGGAGAUCCACUGUCAGUGUAGGACCAAUGGUCUGACUCAGUACUGGGUCCCUAUGCAUCUCAGAGAGCCGCUGCUCGUAAGAGUGCAACAGGGCUUGGUGGACAAAUAUUCUUACUCAAAACAGCUCAGCGAUAUAGAACAACUCUUUUGCCUGCAAAAGAUCCAAGGUUCAGUUUUCCUCGGCAUCUUCAGGUAGGGCUGCAGUGACCCUUGUCUGAAACUCUUGGAGAUCUGCUGCCAGUCAGUGUAGACAAUAUCAAGUUAGAUGGACAAUAUCAAGUUAGAUGGACAAUAUCAAGUUAGAUGUGCAGAUGCCUGAUUAUCGUCUUCAAAAGCAACUACUUAAAAAUGGAAAGCAUAAUGCUGCUGGUCAACAAAAGAGGUUUAAAGACUCUCUCAAGGCAAAUCUAAAAAAAUGUAGUAUAAACACUGACAACCAGGAAAUACUGACCUGCGAGCGCUCCAACUGGAGAACAGCCUUUACCAAAGGUGUUGUGGGCUUUGAAGACGCUCCAACUCAGGAUGAAAGGGAGAGAUGUGCUAAGAGGAAGGCAUGCUUGGCAAACCCUCACCAUGAUCAACUCCCGCCCGGAAACCUAUGUUCCCACCGUGGAAGGACGUGUGGAUCCAGAAUUGGCCUCCACAGUCACUUAGGGACCCACUGUUAAAACCAUGUUUAUGGAAGUCAAUCUUACUUGGCUACGAGGGAUCGCCAAAGAACAAAAAGAAGAUGGACCAAUGGCCUAACUCUGUAUAAAAAAAUUUCCUGUGUUCCUAUGUAAAAGGGCUUGACGGGUGAAUAGUAUUACCUAGCAGAAGGGAAUACUAGGUAAUACUAUAUUAGGUCAGGGCCAGCGCAAAAGAGUUUUAUGUAUGCAUACCCACCGCUUCCAGGUCAAAGAAGCACCCACCACAUCCCAACAUCUGCACUGGAAAGUGGAAAUUCACCCCAUGGAAUGUGUCUACUAAGCAGCAAUCUCUGGCCCAUAUGGAAGCCGCUUUGGAGCGGGGCUGCAGUGCAUGUGGGGGUGUUGCUGGUGAUUAUGAAGCUCCAAGCCCAGUCUGCGUGCAGCGUUAAGGAAAUCUCAUCUGCAGAAUGUCUUGCAAAGCAGCCUCUCCUCGCGUACCAUUAACUCUGCUGGUAUAUUUUUCUUUUAUGCAACCUUUUGACAGGUAGUUGGCUAGGCAGUGAUUGAAAACCAGUGCAGAGUUACAAAUGCAUUGCAGGUGUUCUGAGCAGAACUGCGCGUUCAGUCCAAGUUUUAUUGAUGAGGGUGGAGGAACAGAAGAGUAAGUGAAGGUAAUUAAUGCAAGUGGUAAGUAAGAUAAGCCAUAGAUUGGGCUGCAAUCUUCAAGUCACCUACAGCAGAGUAGUCUCGUUGCAACUGGAGGAUGGCAGGCACUGCUACGUAUAGUGGUGGCUCAACGUGAUUAUACAUAGUUAAAAUUGGAUGCCUUUGCUUGCCAGAUUAUUACUGCAAGAACUCUCUCUCCUCUCUCCUUUGUUUUAAAUCUUUUCAAGGCUGUAAAAAUAAAGUAGGCACUUGAAAGGGUAAGAGAACUAGACAGCAAAAUGUGAACAUUUCUUAGGAAAGGUUUAUAGGAAUAAUUGUUUGAUAAAUGGUGGUGAGGUUACCCCUCUUACUCAUCCCUUUAAAGGGGGAGAUAAGUAUGUGACAUCUUGUUAAAGAUUUUGUCUGAAGCUUUUAUUCUGCAUUUUAGCAACUUAAGCCUUUUACGCUUUUUCUUUUCAGAUCCUGGCAGUAAUAGCAUUCUGCAUUCUUUUGUAUUUCCAUAAAAGAAAGAAAGUGAAUCACAUUGUGAUUUUGCUAACAAUGGUAGCAGUGCUAGGUAAGAAUACGGCUCGUCUGCAAUGUUUUGUGCUGAUUUUGUGCACAUUGUUCCUUUGUUCUCUUUUAUUUUGUGGUGGCUGAUCCCGAAACUUCUUGCAGGGCUCCAGAAUUUUGCCCCCCUUGCCCCACUUCUUCAUGCUAACUUAUGUGGGUCUUGAGUAUCUAUGCAGCAGAAUGCCACAUUAGAUAUUGGUUCUACGUCAGGCUACAGGUGGAGAAUACCGCUGUUGAAUCCUAUGCCACAUCACAAUCUCUUUGUGAGUAGAAAGCUAGAGCACAGAAGAGGACAGGUUCCUGCUGGCUUUCUAUUUGCAGGGAAAUUUUAAGCACAGAUGAACAUCCAUAAAUUGUAUGUCCAGCUUGCAGUCUGAAGAGUGCAGACCAUUCAGUCAAAUCAGAACUCUGUCCACAUCUUUCUGCUGCAAAUAUACACUUGGGGAGAGAUUAUACGUAGGGCAGUCAGUUCAUGGAACAUAGGUGCCAAGACUCCACUGUUGCCUUCUCUGAGCUAUGACAUGUCAUGAACAUUUGCCCCACUGAGCAGCGGCGUAGCGUGGGUUGUCAGCACCCGGGGCAAGGCAAGUAAUUUGCGCCCCCUAACCCGGGGCAAGGCAAGUAAUUUGCGCCCCCUAACCCGGGGCAAGGCAAGUAAUUUGCGCCCCCUAACCCCUAACCUGCCGCCGCUGCCAGCUUCUUCUUGCUGCUGCCUGGGCUGGUCUGGUGUGGUUCUUUCCCGCGCUCAGCGCUGCACUGGGCGGCCGCUGCACUGUCCCUCCCCCAGAUAGUCCCUCGCUCUCUCUCCGCACCGCACGCCUGGCACCCACCCCCUCCACAGUGGGCGGCGACCCAGCGGCUUGGAUCGGAUUCGCACAGCCAGCACUGCAGUGAGAGAGAGUGAGUGAGCCAGGUAGGGGCAGAGAGCUGCGAGUGCGAGCGCGCCCCCCCAGAUGUUGCGCCCGGUGCGGCCGGCCCCCCCUGCACCCCCCACGCUACGCCACUGCCACUGAGCAUUUCUGGGGAUGCUCCUUGAUCCAUCUUUGUCACUUGAAGCACAUAGGGGCACAGUGGCUAGGGAUACCUUUUAUCAGCUUUAGUUGGUAAGACAGUUAUGGCUGUUCUGGACCACUUGAUCCCAGAGAGAGUGAAUUAGAGAGUCUGUCUGAAAUUCCUUGUUGCUUGAAAAGAGAUUUCGACCAGCACUAGCUGAAGUAAACAAACCAAUAACUCAAGCAUAAAAACCCAAGCCUAUCCAAGCACUUUGUGGAAGUGUAUAUAAGCUGUGUGUCGAGAUGGGCAACAGGAGACCUAUUCAGUUUUUGUCUCUCAUUUGCAUACAUAUUUUCCCCUUAGAGUUGGAGUCAAAGCAAAUAAAAAAUUUAGUAUUGUACAUUUGUUUGCGUUUCUUCAUGGUGCACUCAAGCUGAAACAUAUUCCAUUGUUUGCACAGUAAAACAGUCUUCAACCUAGAAGAAUAAAAAUUAUGCAUAUAUGCCACAGUCCCUGGAGAACAUUCCUUAGUAAAAACCAUUGAAUUUAAUGGAAUACAAGUUAUACACUGUGUCUUCUGGAGGAGAUUGGACUUGGUGGGCUAUGGUCAUGGGCUACAGGGUUUUUUUAAAAACUGGUCGUAUUAAUGAUGUUCACACAUUGAAAUUACCAGCUUGGAUUUAGGUGACUUAGUGGAGUACAUUUCACACAACAUUUAUGUGUGCAUUAGAAGUUCUCAUGUCUCAGUAUUUUCUUGGAGACUCUGGGUUUGCUUCUUCCCCCUUUAUAAUGAUACCCAGUUUGGAAAGUGCUUGAAGACAUUUAAGGGCCUUACACUGCAAUUCUGUACAUCUCUACCCCGGAAUAAGUCCCAUCAAAUGCUAAGGGAUUUUUAAGUAGUUAUGCAUAGGAUUCCAAUAUUGAUCUGUAUCUUUUAUGCUGAAUUAAUCCUCUCCUGUUGAAUUCAGCCAGAGCAAGACAUCGUGAUCUCAGAAUAGCUCCAGUUUACACAGAAUUUCAUGCCUAGAAAUUAACUGGUGUGCUGCUGUUUCCUGCAAAACACACGGGCAGAGUGUGAACAACAGCCACGUGUUCAUAAGCACCCAUGUGUGAGAGCUCUGAUAGGUCUGUUGCCAAUACAUGUAGAGCAGCUUUUAAGAGCACAUGUCCUGUCUUUUGCACUUUGCUACAAGAAACAUCACUGCAUUUGCGUGUUGAGACCUUUAAACCUCCCCCCCUAAAUAAAUUCAGACAAGACUCAAAUUUUGGUUUGGUUUUUGGCAGAAUUUAGGCCACAACUUUAUUGAUUACAGCAAGUGAAUGGUUGCAUAUGCUCUGGUUCAACUAGCUCCCUGCACCAUUGCAGGUAACGCUGACCCAGGACACCAGCCAAGGGUGAACACCUGGAUAAGCGGAAAUCCGGGAACAGGCUAUCUCCGCCACCCAAGUGCCCCCCUGGAGUCAUGCACAGGCACAACCCCCUCACAGGGGUUGACCAAACCAUUGAGUCCCUGAUUCCUUAAACAGAAUACCCUUCACAUAGGGAUGGCGAGAGCAUUCUCCCAUCCCUGUCACCUGAACCAGAGCCUAUCCGCAACCUUACAAGUUGUGAUGAUUUGCUACAUGGCAGGCGAAACCCAAAUGGCAACAGCCAUUCAGCCAAAUGGGGAAAAUUCCUGCCGGGCCCCAUCCCAGUGACAGGGGUGCAUAGCAAGGUCAAGUGUGCAAGCCCUAAAUAUAGGGAGAGGCGGGCGGGUGUUCCGAUGCAAGCACCGAAAGAGGAAGCUCUGGGCCAUGUGCAUAGGGAUAUAUAGGUCCCUUGAUCCGUUUUGCCUGCUUCCCAUUGGCCUGAUUGAACCCUGCAUCAAGGGACCUACCAAUCGGGUGUUGUGGCUAUCCAAACGUACCCACCCACAACACGGGGUUAGGUUGCCAGGUCCCACUACAACACAUGCCCUCUUUAAGGGAGGACCCGAUUUGUGGCAGACAUGAUUGUUGCAUAAAGUACAGGCUGGAGUUGCCUGCCACAGCUGAACAAGCAAAUUCAGUUUGCUUUCUGAUGUCACAGCUAGCCAAAUAUGUACCAAUCAUGAUAAAUAUGAUAUCUGUAUGGUGUUGUUGCUAGUUUGCUUAGACCAGGGUGUCAUUCAGUAGCUGCCAGGAGCAACUGAAGCAGUAGAAUAAUCAGGGCUUUUUUUCCCCAGCUGGAACUUGCCAGAACUGAGUUCUGGCACCUCAGGAAAAAUAGCACUGAGAAUAAUCAUUGUUCUAGGUUGAAGGGUGAGGAGAUAGAACCACUUGACAAAGUCAUUGACUGCAAUUUCUGACAUUUCCAACUUGUUUUCUGAUUGUCAGUCAAAGAGCAGUUUGCUUUGUAAACCAUCAAAGGAAGGGUGAAUCUCUUUCCCAGUCGUUCAAGAAUAGUAUCUUUAAUAUGAGCAGCUAAAAAUCCCAGAGCUGGGAAUUAGUCCUUAUAAAUGUGUUAAAAUAAUGUCCCCAUUUGGAUAUCUUUUUAAAUGGAAUUUAAGGAGAGUCCUGUUGAACCAGACCAGCUCCAUCCUUUGGGAAGCCCAUAUGCAGUGCAUGGAAUCAAUAGCCUCCCCCUGCUGUUGCUACCCUGCAGCUGGUAUUCAAUGGGCUAUAGCCUGUGAACGUGUAAGUUUCAGUGUAGCCAUAGAUAAACCUCCACGAAUUUAUCUAAUCACCCUUUAGAGCCAUUUAAGACCAACACACUUUCCUACAUUCUGCCUCCCCUCAGGGCAUGAUGUGUAAACCAGCAAGGAACUAUGCUAUAAUAUUUUAUUGUGAAGGAGUUGUUUUAGUGUCUGUCCUCCGUUACCCAUAUGUACAACUCACUAGAGGUGUGGUGUGGUGUGUGAAUACUUUCAUAGAUUUGUCACAUUGGUCUUAAUAAGCAGAGAGAUCUGUGUUUCAUACAUUUGGGUUCGCUUUUAUUUCCCCCGGAAUAGGAGCAGGGAAGUGUUGGUAUAAAUCUGCAAAUGCUUUGGGCGAUGCAGCUCUGUAAACUGACUCAUCGAGAAGCACCUUGCUUCAUGCCUAAUCUGGAAUUUACAGUAUGGUAGACUGAAAUGGGAGAGACUGAGCAGGAUUUCUGCGUUUCCUGCUGUUGCAGAUGAUGUCACUUUUCAGCUGCUGCAUUGCUAGCUAAAGGGGAUCUGUUAUCGGUCAGCAAAAGCCGUUUGUCCCUCUUUGGUGCUGCGUUAACCAGAAGAACAAUUUCUGCAUUUAAUAUUUAAAGAGGCUCUUAGGGGCUUCCUAUGCCUGAUUGUUAAACUUAUAUAGAAUCUGGGUGGAAAGAGUCCCGCCAUCUCUGAUAAUACUGUCAGCUUUAAUAUAUUCACCUUCCAGCAAUAUAGCUGUCAGCAGGAAGGACGGAAAUGGCAGGUUUUAUUGGAAAACUUUUAUUUUACACCAUUUGACUCUGUUUCCACAUAGCUUCGUGCCAGCACUGAACUUGCCGAGUUUAUCUCCCAUUGUUUUACCUUGGCGCUUGUGUUGGCCAGAUGAGGUACAGAACAGUGUAAUUGCCUCUGUGAAAAAAAAGGGUAAUUGUAGAUGACAAAAUCAUAGAGCAGCCAUAGAGCUGUGUUGCUAAGAGGUUUGUUUCUCCUUUUUACCCAGAUAUGCCCAUCGUAUCUGCCCACGUCACAUAUAUUAACAAUGUCACUUACUUCUCACCAUGUAUUUGUGAUAGUCCCUACAAGACAUAAGGCUUGUCCACACUAGAGCAAAAUGUGGAUUUGCACCCACCAGUCUCCCCAUUGAUACAGGAGGGUCCACAAGACAUCCUCCCCAUUGUAGUUUUGUCUUGGACUUUUCCUUCUUUAAAUGCAGGGGUGUGUGUGUGUGUGUGUGUGCUGAUCCUUGGAAAGUCCAAAGUGUCCAGGAUCAAGAAACUCCACAUUUACAGGGGGAAAGGUUCAGAACAACAGUGGGGCAACAUCUGCUUUUUGCUCUGAUUCAGACAAACCCUUAGGAUCCAAGCAAGUUACUUGUUUUCCUGUGUGCACCAUUGGUGAAGGAUGAAUUUAGGCUUAGUAAAAUAUUUCCAGUGAGCUAUACCAUGUUGUACAGGGAAAUGUGAAAGGCUGACUGGUAACAUGGGAGACUUUCUUAAUGCAAAAUAUCAAGAUCAGGUGGGUGAAUUUCAAGUCAUUCAAAAAAUAAGAUAUCCAGAGGUUUAUGGGUAACUAUAUAGGACUGGAUCCAGAUCCCAUUGGAGUCAAUGGAACAGGUUAGCCAUACCUAAGUUCCAUUGAUUUCAGUGGUAGUGAAGUGCACCUAACAUGUGGAGAAAUCCUGUACAUGUCUGCUCAGAAAUCAAUCCCUCUGAAUUCAGUGGGACUUGCUCUUAUAUAAGUGUGUGUAGGUUAUGCCAGCCUUAGGGUGUGUACACAUUAGCAGCUUGAAACACGGUGAGAUCAUUCCCCCAAGUUUAACACUGCUUUCUUGGAUUCCUGUACACACUAGAGAGGGGGCAGAGAUGUCUUCACCCAAUGCCCAGUACUUGAUUUGUUUCCCCACACCGAAUUCCAGUUCACCAUAGCUGUCAUCUGCGCAUGUACUAUCACCUGCACAUGUGCAAUGGCUGCUUGAAAUGUACACAUCUUGCCUUAACUGUGGCUUCUGUUUUAUAACUGGAUGGAAGCUGGUCUCAGGGGAAUAUUUCUCAAGAAACUACAGGAUAUGAAUGAAUUGUGGCUAAUGUCAUGUGCAUUUAGCUUUAGACACCAGUGUUGGGAGCAUGCUGGAGCCAGAGUAAGUGGUAAUGUGCACACAGCCUAAGUCUGGAUCCAAUCCAGAGAAAUUAGGCCAAGAAACCAAUGAAUAAUAUAUGCCUGCCCAUUGAUAGAUAUUUUUAAAACAUCCUAUUGGCAGGUACCCUCACUAUAUUGUUUUAGAUGCCUGCUGUAAACCUGGGAUGGGGGUGGGAUGCCCAGCCUAGCCAGAAACAUGAUUUAGCUACCUAUAUUGAUUUUUAAUUUUUUAUAUUCGAUUUUGAUUAUGGUUUUCCUGCGUAUUUGUUUUUUCAACUGGGUUGUGGAUUUUAGCUGUGUUCUAUCUAUAAUUUUAUUUGCACACCACUUUUUUUAAUCAAGCAGUUUCUAACAUUUCCAAGUAAACAAUAAAUACAAAUGAAAGCAACCAGAAAUGAAUUCAAACACAAUUGGUUCCGCUCACUUAAAACACAACACUUUUCAUCAGUACCUAUUCAAGACAUUGAGGCAGGAGUCACUGAGAGAGAAGAUAUUCAGAUAAUGUGCAUGCAUGAAUCAGCCUGUUUUGUUUUCCAGCAUCUCUGAACGUCGUUUCAGUAAAAGCCGUGGCAACCAUGAUUACACUUUCUGUGAGAGGGAACAUGCAGCUAACCUACCCUGUUUUCUAUAUCAUGUUCAUUCUGAUGGCAGUAACAUGUGCUUUCCAAGUCAAGUAAGUUUCUAACAUAUUCACCUACCAUCUUAUUACCCUAUUAACAGCCAUUUGCUAAUUUCUGUUCCUCUACUUAAUGCUUCGUGUCAUAGCGUAGCUUAUACACCCAACUUCUAACAGGCCCUCUUGGCCCAACUCAGCGCUGAUGGUUUCAGGCCAGAUGCAUUAUUAUGCGCUCACUUCUAGUUUUGAUUUAUGAGCGCGAUGCUUUAUUUUGCUGUUAACUAGCCAUGCAGGUUUUCCUAAAUGCACUUUUACAUUUGCUGAGGAUUUCAGACCAGAUGAACCUUGCUGGUUUCCUGCUGCUUUUUCAUUCUGACAUUUUCCACAGCUUUUACACCCACUGCCAGUCACUAAUAAAACUAACACCCUGCUCUGCUUUCACUAAUUUCGCCAUCUCGUUCCCCCGUGCUGCUUUGUAUUCGCAGGUUGUAGCAACACAAUUUCCCUUGUCCGUUUUUUUAUUUAUUAUUACUAUUAAAGGGGAAGGGGCUUAAUCUCCCCAGAAUACUCAUAUAAUUAUGUCUUCAAAAGUGUUCUUCUUCCAGCUGGGAUUUCCUUCCUGUCUUUUCAAGGUCUGUUCAUUGAUUAACCUGGCUGUGAUGAUAGUUCUCACAGAAGACAGGGGGCUGCUGCCGAUAAUAGCAUUUCCGUGUCUAGUUCUCCCCCAAACCUUUAGACUGUCCGGUAGUUUAACUCACUCUAUGCUUUGGUAUCAUUAUGCCCUGUGUUUCCCCACUCUCACCAACUGCAGGCAACGUGAACACAACCUGACGUUGCUAUUUUAAUAAUAGCAUUUAUUAGCAUUUUUGUUGUUCUGUUAUAAGACGCUUUGAGCAUAUAUCUAUGGGAAAGUGGAACGCAAAAUUUAAUAAACAAACUAGAUGGACUUUUGGUCUGAACUAGCAGGGCUUUUCUAAUGUUCUUAGGCUUAAACCGCAUUUUCUAAUGUUCUUAGGCUUAAACCGCAUGUGAGCCAGUGUGGUGUAGUGGUUAAGAGUGGUGGACUCGUAAUCUGGUGAACCGGGUUCGCGUCUCCGCUCCUCCACAUGCAGCUGCUGGGUGACCUUGGGCCAGUCACACUUCUCUGAAGUCUCUCAGCCCCACUCACCUCACAGAGUGUUUGUUGUGGGGGAGGAAGGGAAAGGAGAAUGUUAGCUGCUUUGAGACUCCUUUGGGUAGUGAUAAAGCGGGAUAUCAAAUCCAAACACUAAACUCUCUAAUCCCACUCUAUUCCACCUCUGUCUCUUGAAAGUAUCCUGGGAAAUGUGGCUUACCCCUCGCAGAACUGCAAUUCCCAGCACUCUUAACAAACUACACUUCCUAGGAUUCUUGGGUGGGUGUGUGCUUUAAAUGUAUGGUGCGUAUACAGCCUUUAUGGUGGUUUUCCUAAGACCACCUGGUGCACUGAUAUCAGAAUUAAGAUUCAAACCAGGAACUUUGCAGCUGACACUUUUACAGCUUUUCCUCUUGUAGCCAAACAUAACUCAAAACAUAUUUUAGUGCAGGGGUCACUAACCUGUGGCCUUCGGUAUGUUGCUGAACUACACCUCCCAUCAGUUCUAGCCAACAUGGCCAGUGGUUAGGGAUGAUGGGAUUUGUGGUCUAUCUAUAGCUGGAGAGCCAAAGUUCUGCCAUGCCUGUUUUAGUGACUCAUUUGAACAGCUUUUUUUAUUUUAGAGGAGGGGGUAGCAUCUUCAUGCAUUUAUGUUGGAUUAUUUUUUUUCAGAGUGUCAUUGGUAUGACUGGCCAAAAGUAAUGAGGUGUCUGCAGUGAUUUUGAAAUCCUGACUAUGCCAUGAAUAUGCAGGAUUUUUAUUUUAUUUUUAAAGCUCCAUGGAGACUGCUCAACGGUUGCUAAAAUAACUUUGCAGUCACUCCUAAUGUCUAAAACAGAUUAGAAGCUGGACUUUAAUGUUGUAUCAAUAGGCCAUUUGGAGGAUCACUCUUUUUAAAGGAUGCACACCAUUUUCUACAUGAAAUUAAGAAUUCUAUAUUCAGCUGCUGAUCCAGGUUUUUGGGGAUGUAGUGGGUGUCCCCCAGUGUUGUUUUUUUUUUAAGCAGCUCUUUUGUCAAUUGAUAAGGCAGAAAUGGAUGGAAGCUCUGAUGGUCAGAAAAGAUUCGACACUUCCUCACAAAAUAAAAUAUUUAAAUUCAGGACUAAAUAUUAAAUAACAGGUUUUGAAACCAGCAGCCGUGCCUACCCUAAUAAAUAAUAAUAUAAUAUAACUACUGUUCUUAAAAUACAUCAACAUUUUUAUGUUUUGGUGAUGUGCAACCCUCUGUUAUUUUAUGAAAUGGCAGUACAGAAAUACUUUUAUUAAAUAUAAAUACUGGGUUGUUUUUAUUUUUAUUAGGUAUUUUGUGGUUUUGUAUCUUGAUUUUAUUCUGUGAACUGCCCUGAGACCCCCAGGUAUAGGAUAGUAUAUAAAUUCAAUAAAUAAUAAUAAUAUACAAACUGAGUAAUUCUUACAAGAACCUUUUAAGGUAGGCCAAACAUUACCUUGGGAACAUAGGUAGCUGUACUAUAACAUGAUUGUUUGUCUAUUGUCUACUCUGACUGAUAGCAGAUCUCACAAGAUCUCAGGCAGGAUCCCCAUUCUGUAAGAUUGGGUCUACUAGACAGUGGCUUGACUUGAGCCUGCCUGGUGAGUUUGUGGCAGAAAUGAAAUCUUAGCCAGGAAUUUCCUGAGCCACUGCACUAAAUGAGUUUUUCCGUGCCGUCCAUGGCCAAAGGUGCCCAAGGCAGAAGAAGAUGGGUGAUUUCCUUCGUUUCCUCCCUAGAAAGAUAAGUAAUGGGAAGGGUGAGAGGGUGUGGUGGUUUUUCUCACAGGCUUGUUCAUCUGUGUUAUUCUGCACUGAGUAAUGCUCAUGUUUUGAAGUACCUGCCAGGAACUAGAGUAUUUUGUAACAAGUUCCAUAUACUCAAAGAGGCUUUUGGCUUGGGUUUUUAAACAGCAUUUAUUUAUUACAUUCAUAUCCUGCCUUGGUUCUUCUGUUUGCUUCUCUCGCUGCCCUUUUAUCAGCAUAAGAUCCCUGUAAAGUCAAUAACGUUGACAGAGAUAGUGGCUGUAAACACACCAGUCAUUUGAAGAGCACCCAAAGAGUUCCUCACAGAGCUCCAAUUUCCAGUACCCUUAACAAACUAUAGAUCCUAGGAUUUGGUGUGUGUGUGUGUGUGUGUGUGUGUGUGUGUGUGUGUGUGCUUUAAAUGUAUGGUAUAUAUGCAGUCAAUGACUGGUCCAAGGUUACCUAGUGAGCUUCACUUCUGAGUAUGGAUUUGAACCUGAGUCUCCUCAUUCCUAGACUGAGAUUCUACUGAUAAUACCAUACUAGCUGAUACUGCCAGGCAAAUCAAUUUAGAAUCAUUCAAGAGUUGCUUAUGAUAUAGCCUGGAGGUUUGCUGUUCAAAGAAAGACAUUUUUAAAAACAACUGAGCAUGCUGCCCAAGCCUGUUAGACCCCUGGCUGCAGUAUUUGAUAUUUUGAUUUUAACCUAAUGUAGUUUGUGGAUUUAAAAACCUUUUUAUUUAACCCCCCCUUUUUUGCGGACUUAUUAAAAUAAACUUCAAAGCCUAAGAGUUUCCCAUAGUUUUGUAAGGCUGCGAUCCUUUGCACACUUAUCUAGGAGCAAACUCUGUUGAGCACAGAGGGACUUCCACCUUGGUCGAUGUACAGAGGAGUGUCUUCCAACUCUCUAUGCCAGGGGUCAGCAAACUUUUUCAGCAGGGGGCCAGUCCACUGUCCCUCAGAACUUGCGGGGGGCUGGACUAUAUUUUUAAAAUAAUAAUAAUAAUGAACUAAUUCCUAUGCCCCACAAAUAACGCAGAGAUGCAUUUUAAAUAAAAGGACACAUUCUACUCAUGUAAAAACAUGCUGAUUACCGGACCGUCCGUGGGCCAGAUUGAGAAGGCAUUUGGGCCGGAUCCAGCCCCCAGGCCUUAGUUUGCCUACCCAUGCUCUAUGCCAGCGUGUCUCAACCUGUGUGUCCCCAGAUGUUGUUGGACUACAACUCCCAUCAUUCCUGAGCUCUGGCCUUGCUAGCUAGGGGUGAUGGGAGUUGUAGUCCAACAACAUCUGGGGACCCACAGGUUGAGAACCGCUGCCUAUGCAAUAUGAAGAGCUUUGGUUCCAGGUCAAACUUAAAAGAUCAGAAUGUCAUCUGCACCAAAAUAUAAAAGGGGGGGCGGGACUGAGGUCUAUGGAAAUAGAAUCAUAGAAUCUUAGAGUUGGAAGAGAUACCAACGGUCAUCUAGUCCAACCCCCUGCAAUGCAGGAACCUCAGCUAAAGCCUCCAUGACAGAUAACCAUCCAACCUCUGUUUAAAAACCUCCAAGAAAAGAGAGUCCACCACCUCUCCUAAGAGACUGUUCCAUCGCUGAACAGCUCUUACUGUCAGAAAGUUUUUCCGAAUGUUGAGUCAGAAUCUCCUUUCUUGCAACUUGAAGCCAUUGGUUCAAGUCCUACCCUUCAGAGCAGGAAAAAACAAGCUUACUCCCUCCUUAAGAUAUUUGAAAAUGGCUAUCAUAUCUCCUCUCUGUCUCCUCUUUUCCAGGCUAAACUUACCCAGCUCCUUCGAGCGCUCCUCAUAAGGCUUAGUUUCCAGACCCUUGGUCAUCUUGGUUGUUGCAUAUAUGACGAAUGCUGAUACUUUGGAUUUUUCUGCUCUGUUUUUUAGUAAUGGUGGAGAAGCAGCCCAGGAAGAGCUGAUCUCAAGAGCAUGCAUUGCGUCUCCUUGGAGCGUUGGAAUGCCAACUGGCCAGUUGUUGAUAAAUGCUGGCUGCCCUGGCCUGUGAAUUCUUAUUGACGUGACUCUAAAAGUGCAUUGACUUUCUCCUCAUAGGUUUUUAAAUGAAGCAAUGAAGCUCUAUGGUGCAGAAGAGGUCAUCCCAAUGAACUACAUAUUCUUCAGCAUUAGCGCUAUUGUGGCAGGUUAGUAGGUACCCUGGUCAACCAAAUAAAGGCAUCAGAACUGGGAGCUCCAUUGUGUUCUUGUGUGCAGAGCUCACAAAGAUUCAUUGUGACUUCCCACCCUCCACCCAGGGGGGCCUGAAAUGUAUGGGGCCUCUCUCUUUUCCUCCGGCUUACCAAUGAGCAUUUGCUUAGCAUCAUAUAUGGCAGUCACAAUGCAGUCAGAGUUAAUCACAUUGCAAGUUCCAUUGACGGCAAUGAUAGAGAGUCAUUUGACAUCUUUCCGCAGGGCCUGCAAGAUGGAGUUCUUCCGCCAGUCCUUUGGUCAGGGCUCAGCCUGACUCCCCUUUUGUUUUUGUAUAAGAACUAAUAGGAAAGAGGACUCCCAGCACUCUCACAGGCCCAUAUAAGAUCAGUGUAAACAGUUGGGCCGAUGAGCACUUACUGUUCCCAACCCUAACCCUGCGGAAAGCCAUCUAAUUAGACUUUAAUUUGAUUUUUUAGGAGGUAAUUUAAUUAUUGUUUGAUUUUAUACUAAUGUUAUAUAUCUGAUGUUAGCUGCCCUGAGCCCGACUUCAGCUAGGGAGGGCGGGAUAUAAAUAAAAGUUGAUUAUUAUUAUUAUUAUUAUGUGCUCAAGUCUCUCAUUGAAAUCUAUGGGAGAGGGACUUCCGGCGAGGCAGCAUGGCGGCUGCAACAGCAGAAAAGAGCUCCUGAAGCCAGCCAGAGUAAAAGGCUCUGUCUGGCCGACUCCUGGGCUCCCAGGACUGCUGCCGCCAGCACCGCCAGCGGAGAGGAAUCGGGGGUGCCCGGGAGCCUAUCAAAGGAGCCAAAACACCCCCCACAGAGAUUGAGCCGGAAAGACACCCGACCACCCCCAACAGCCGGGAGGAGCUCCAAAACCAGGAGGACAGUGGAGCUAACGCAGAGAGGGAGAAAAAGAAAAGGGGGAAAGAAAAAGGAGCCCCAAACUUACCGCUGCUGCCCCCAUCUCUGCUGACAAGAAAGCAGAGGAGAGGUAGGUGAGCACGGGAAGGCAAAAGAGGCUCCGGAAAAAACACGUGGCUGAGCCCCACCGGGAGCUCCAGCAGCAAGGAAAACAGAGAAGCUGCAUAACAAAGGGAUUUCCCCCUUUCUUUCUUCUCUUUUCUUUUUUUAACCCCCUUUGUUUUUAACCCCUUCCUCCCCUCCCUCCCCUUUAAAAUAUAUAUAUAUAUAUCUUUUUAUCCCUCCCCCCAUAUACCUACUUUUAUCACUUUUCUUUUUAAAAGAGGGGCCACUGCUGCUGCAGCCACCCUUUAUUUGAAUCUUUAUUUUUAUUGCUAUCUUUUCUACACACUAUUUAAAGACACACUUUUCCACACACACACUCUGAAUUCAAACCUCAUUUUAUUUCCACCUCAAACUCCCCUCUUAAGAACUAAAAUGGCAGUACCCAGGAAACAGCCCUGAACCAUCACAGGCCAUUUCCUGGGACUGCCACUUCGCCCCAGACUUUCCACUCUCUUUUACCUAUCCUCUUUUACCUAUACUUUACUCAUUUUUAAAAUAAAAUAAAAUAAAAAGCUCUAUCUAUCUAUCUAUCUAAAGACAACCCCCCCUUUUUUUUUUAACCUUUAAUUCUCAUUUUUAUAUUUUACCCGUACAUUUUUAAUUACUUUUUUACAAACAAAAAAUAAUAACAAUAAUUAGGGGAAAAUAUUAUUAUUUAUUUAUUUAUUUUAAAAAAAAGAAACCAUACAAUUUUUCCUCCCUCUUUCUCUUUUUAAAGCCCUUUCUUUUCUAUUUGUUGGCUUGUUCUUGAGGGGGGAAUCUUUCGCCCCCAGCUACGACCACCACUCUCUUUUAAAACAAAAACUUCCUCCAUAUCACUGCUAUUGCUAUUGAUACUCUCCCCCUCAACUCCCCUCCUUUUUAUUUUUCUCUCCCUUUUUCUCUCUCUCUCUCUCUUCACCCCUCCUCAUUUUUUCCUUUUAUCCCACCUUUCAUUUCCCAUCCCCAAUUUUGUUCUCUAUCCCUUUAAUUUUUUUUUUAAAUCAACCCCCCCUUUUUAGCCUGUUCAUCAGUUUGUUUUUGAGAGGGAGCCCUUUCCCCCACCCACUAUUUUAAAAUAAGACUUUCCCCCAUACCAUUGCAGCAGCUCACCCUCCCUCCCUCCCCUCUCCCCCUCUCUUUUCUUCUCCUUCCUUUUCCCACCCUUCCCCCUCCUCCUCUCCUUUCUCUCCCUCCUCCCUCUCUCCAUCCCCCCCUUCCCCUAAAGGAAACACAUACACACAUUCAUAUCACCCUAUCACAAUUUGCCCCCCUCAUACUAUAGCUAAAACUACUGCUGCAUUCUAAUACCGCUGAUAUUACUGUACUAUCUCUCCCCGCUCUUUCAACUCUCUUUUUGUCCCUCUCUCUCUCUUCUCUUUUACUCCAAUCUCCCCCCUCCCCCCCGCCUCCCCCCUUCUUCUUUCUUUCUUCUUCUUCUUCCCUUUUUUCUCCCUCCACCCUUUACAUAUAGCCUAUUUGUCUGUCUCUGUUUCUGAGCGCACUCCCAACCCCAACUUCCACCUUAACUGGACCCCAAUACCCCUUCUGGGCAUAUACACACCCCUCCUAAACACAUAUUUCCCUGACCCCACCCCUCUAAUCUCUUGCAUCUCUACCUGCUAACCCCUCCCUUUAUAUGAACUGUCUGUCCGUUAAUCUACCCAUCUCUGCUUACCUGCCCCCCACCUCGGCGGCACCGCUGAGGCAUCCACAAAAGCCCUAGAGAAGUUCUUAAAACACAGGCUAGAAGUGACACAAAUGACCACCUAAUCCAAACGCUCUGUAGAAGCCACCAGCCAACAAAGCCUGAUCAGCUCAGCAACCCAACAAUACCCAGGAAUCACCACUGCCACAACUCCUAACCACCACACGCCCUACCCCAAGAGGACGCCAAGCCAACCUCAAACCAAAACCAUCAGGGAGACCGAGAUGACACCAACCAGGGAGAUGGCAAACAAUGCUAAGAUGGUAACUCCCCUUCAAGAUGACGACCACCCAAUAACGAAACGAGAUCUGAGGGAAAUGGAAGCAAGAUUAGAAGCACGAUUAGAAGAAACACUGAAGGCCACAAUGGCUCCCAUGCAGGUACUAAUCAACAAUCUAACCUCCAAAGUGGAAGCUCUAGAGAACAAGAACCAAAUGCAAGAAAGAAUAAUAGAGCAAUACCGGGAGGAGAACACACGUGUGAACAAGAAACUGGACGAACUGGUAAACCAAAUGGAAGCAGAACACAGAGAGAUGAAAAUUAAGCAAGCCGACCUCGAAGACCGCAAUAGACGUUGUAACAUCCGCUUCCGCAACUUUCCUGAAAAACAGAGGAGAAAAGCCCAGCAGACCUAAUUAUACGCUGGCUGAAAAACACAAUCCCAAGCCUGAAACUUGAGGCAGAUGACUUGGAGAGGGCUCACAGAGCCCUAAAACCUAUGCCAAAACCCAGCGCCCCCCCAAGAGACAUCAUUGUAUGCUUCACACGCUACAAAAAGAAGGAAGAGGUAUGGAACCAUCUCAAAAACUCAACCAACCUUCGAUAUGGAGAAACCCCCAUUCUGGCCUUACAGGACCUUUCUCAGGAUACCCUAAACCGGAGGAAAAGCCUGCGCCCAUGCACCCAGCGUCUCCAACAAGCAGGGAUCAAAUACCGAUGGGGCUUCCCCUUCCGCCUCAUUGUAACAACCAAUACAACACAACACAUGGCUACCAACAUACCUGAGGCCCUGCAACUACUAAAAACCUUGAACUCAACCUCCCACCGGAAUGGCAACCGACAAACCCACCAAGUGACAGCCCCAACCACGAGGAAACAACAGCAAACAACUGGACAACGGUACAGAAGAAAAAGAAACAACAGAAGCGGCACAACAACGCAAACCAAUACAGGCAAGCAUCAUGCUCAGAACCGUCCCGCCGGCCAUACGACACAAGAAACCAGACCAAGAUCAACCAAACCAAUUCAUCGCAGAUGGACAACCCUACAACAACAACAACCCCAGCUGAAUGAAGCAACCAGGAAAAACCACAAACUGAAGGACUGGUGACUCCCCCUUUCCCCUCUCCCCCAAAAACAUAGAUUUAGUUAACACCACCACCAUCCCACCACCAGCCCCGCACCCCCACAGGAAUCCCCAACCCAACACCAGUCCAGACGACCUCAACCACAUUCCCCAUCACCCACACCUUCAACACCCCCAUACUCCAUACUAGGGAAAACAACUCCCACAACCUUAAUAACACAACCCACAAUCAGGCUAAAAUCUGAUACCCAACCAGCACUAUGGUGGCACCAGAGCGUACCAGCACCCACAUCCCCACCCCAACACACCAAUAAUGUUGCUCAUAACAUUGGCAACAUUGCUUAUGAACCUUAUACCUGACAGCGACGUUACAAAGUCACUUCACACUGUCUCACUGCUCACCCCCAUGCGCAAACAACAGGGGGGAUGGCCUGUCCUUGAACACGGCCUUCCACACCAGCUGAGACCUAGGACCAACUGGCUAAAUGCCAGAUGGCCUAAAAUACCCCAAACAAACACCUAUAUGACUACAUAUAGGAAACUCUCUACAACUUACCCCUACUCUUUAACCCAAAUCUUACUCUAAUCCCAUUAGCCCCCACCCACCACACCCUAGGUCAGCGCAACCCCACUUUUUUAAACAACACGAAGAGAGAGACACAAGACAACCCGAAUGGGUUGGCAAGGAAUUGCCCCACAUAAUAGAUAAGCAAGAUGGCUAACCUAAAAGCAAUUACAUUAAACGUGAGGGGGCUGGGAAACCCCAUCAAAAGAAAACGCAUCACCUCAUACAUAAACACCAUGAAACCACACAUCACCUUCCUACAAGAAAUACACAACCCACCCAAAGGCAGCAAACUCCUGAGCGACCCCCGCUUCAGUCAACAGUGGGUCGCACGAGGCUCAGGGAAAGCUCGUGGUGUAGCCAUAAUACUCAGUAGAGACCUGAACUUCACUGCCACAACAGUCCUCAAGGACAAAAAGGCAGAUUCAUUUUCGCUAAAGGGACACUAGAUGGCAAAAUCAAACUGACAAUCGGCUCCAUAUAUGCCCCAAACACGAAACAAUUAGAAUUCUUCCAGAAGACACUAAACAAAUUCCUCUCCUUCUCUGAAGGGGAAGCAAUCCUAGGAGGGGACCUCAAUCUAAAUAUGAAAGGUAUAUCCCUGAAAGAUAUCCACCCCACAACCCCAUGGGCAACCUUCCUCCGAAGGAAACCCCCAACAACCAGGAACUCUUACAAGUUACUAAAAAUGCUAAAAAAACAGGGGUCUCUACGACAUUUGGGGUGAGCAAAACCCGGGAGACAUCAGCCAUACAUUCCAAUCAGGACGCCAUGAUACAGUGUCCAGACUGGACAGCAUUCUACUCACACAGGGUCUGAUCCCCUCAGUAGAAUCAACAAACAUAGGUAACAUUAAAAUCACAGACCACGCCCCAGUAGAAGUCAUUGUUAAAAUAGGAGAAGGAACACAAACCACCCCAUCAUGGUCCUUCAGUCCCAUCCUAACUACAAACAAACAAAUUAGAGAGAGUCUCACAAAAACCCUCCAAAACUACUUCAAAGAAAACGAUGUAAACAAUAUAACAACCCCUCCUAUGGGACGCAAUGAAAGCGGUCACCAGAGGAGCUUGCAUAAAAGAGAAAACAUUCCUUUACAUACAAACCUCCUCAAAAAUUAGCAAACUAGUACCAGAGAUCACAGCCCUCUGAUCACGCUACAAACAAACAGGCUCUCAAACACUCCGCCAACUUAUAGAACCAAAACGGAGAGAACUAGACUCCCUAGAACUUAACAAAACCAUGAUCAACAUUCUAUACUCUAAACAACGUUUCUACGAAUAUGGAGGGAACACCUCCAGAUUACUAGCAAAUAGAUGUAGGAAAAAGCACUCAAAACAAGAAUACACUGCAUCACCAAAAAGACGGCAACAUAACAUUCUCCCCCAAAGAAAUAACCUCAGAAUUUGCAGAAUUCUACUCCAACCUAUACACCUCCCAUAACCCACCAGAGAAGGAAAUCAGAACAUUUCUAGCAGGACUGACCAUGCCUACCCUAACUAAUGAGGAACAGGAAUUCAUGGACAGCCCUAUCACCCCAGAGGAAAUAGAUGCGGUCCUCAAAAACCUGAAACCACACAAAGCCCCAGGCCCAGACGGCUUCACAGCAGAAUUCUAUAAGAAAUUCAAAGAACCCUUGAUGCCCUACAUGACCCGCCUAUUCAACGACAUCAUAAAAGGGGCCCCGUCCCCAAAACCUGGACCCACUCCAAAAUAGUCUCCAUCCCAAAACCACUAAAAGACAGCCUCAAAGUAGAAUCAUACCGCCCAAUCUCAUUAAUAAACCAAGACUACAAGAUAUUCACAUCAAUCUUGGCCAACCGCCUAAAAAUCUUCCUACACAAGUUAAUAGCCCCAGACCAGACUGGCUUUGUCCCUGGCCGCAAUAUAACAGACCCCAUCAGGAAACUACUGAACCUGAUCGAACACAGCAAGGCAACCAAACUCCCAUUGACAAUUAUGUCCCUAGACAUCCUCAAAGCCUUUGAUUGCUUGGAGUGGAAAUACAUAUUAGCAGUACUAACUAACAUGAAAUUUGGCCCCAACUUCCUACAAAUCCUCAAACAAAUAUACUCCCAAGCCUCAGCAAAAUGCAGAACUAACAAUAUGGAUUCUAAUACUAUAGCUAUCCAAAGAGGCACGAAACAAGGAUGCCCACUGUCUCCCUUCUUAUUUAUCCUGGCUCUGGAACCCCUAGCAAUCCGCAUCCGAGCAGCCACAGACAUCAAGGGAGUGGAAAUAAAAGGCAGAACCUAUAAAUUAGGGCUCUUUGCAGAUGACCUAAUGGUCACAACACCAGACCCCAUAAGCACAGCAACCUCCCUAAUCAGAGAACUCAACACAUUUGCAAUGGUGUCGGGCCUACAGGUAAAUUUUACAAAGUCAGAAGCUAUGUGCUUCAACACCCCUCCUCACACCCAAAAAGAACUCACGAAGGUCACCAAAAUAAAACUUUGCCACACCAAGUUCAGAUACCUAGGGGUACAAAUAACCAGAAACCUCAAUAAAUUGUACCUCCACAACUACAAGCCCCUGUGGCGACAAAUUAACAAAGACCUAAAGAGAUGGAAUAACAUGAACUUCACUCUCUCAGACAAAAUAGCCAUGAUCAAAAUGAUCACACUCCCAAAACUAACCUACCUAUUCCAAACCCUCCCAAUCUGGAUCCCCUCAACCCAACUUCGCAGUUGGCAGAGAAAACUACACUCUUUCAUCUUCUCACAUAAAAACCAAGAAUAAGCCCCAAAUACCUGCACCUCCCCACCUCAGAAGGAGGAUGGGGAAUCCCCAACAUAGAAGCAUAUUACAAUGCCAACCAAAUACGCCACAUAAUCCCAUAUAUACUAGAAGAUGAGACAAAACAAUGGGUACACCUAGAGAGGGACACAAUUGAAAACACCUGCACCACAACAUACCCACUCCUCCCAAACAAACUAAAGAAAAUUCCCACAACACUUAACAGGUACACACAGACCAUGCUCAAAGCAUGGAAAACACAAAUAGGCAAACUAUCCCCAACCCCAUCCCCACUAAUCCCCCUGGCGUACCACCCAUUAUUCCACCGUGCAGCACAAAACCUCAAGAUAAAAACCUGGCGAACCAAAGGCUUAUAUCGCCUAAUAGACUUUUAUAAAAAUAACAAACCCUUGUCAACACAAGAAAUACAAGACAAACUAGAAGACACCCAAAUGCCCUGGUUAACACAACACCAACUUCAUGCCCUCUUAAACAACCCAACAGUAAAAUCAGCAGCAACUAGGCCCCUGACAACCUUCGAAAACCUCCUCCUAACAACAAAGGGAAACGGUAAAGGGACGGUAUCCGCAAUAUACAAAAUACUACUCCAAAAUCCUGUAAAUCCCCUAGACGCAAUCAAAAAACAAUGGGAGAAUGACAUAGGUUAUGAGAUUAACCCCACUCAAUGGACCAGAAUGUGGUCUAAACCCCCCUUUAAAUCCAUAUCAACGAAAAGAAAAGAACUCACACUGAAACUCACCUACAGGUGGUACCUAACACCAAGGAAACUAGCGCUAAUACACCCAGGAACCUCACCAAAAUGCUGGAGAGGGUGCACCUCCACAGGCACAUACCUCCACAUGUGGUGGGAGUGUCCCAAAAUCCAACUAUUCUGGACAACAGCCAUACAAGAAAUAUGUAAAAUAACUAAGCAAGUAAUAGACAUCACCCCAGAAUUGGCCCUACUAAACAUCUUCCAAGACAACAAUGCCCAUUUACACCACAAAGAACUCAUAACCCACCUGCUCUCAGCAGCCAGAAACACCAUAACCAGACACUGGAGAGACCUGUCAGGAGUAAGCAUGGACCAAUGGUACCAAAUAGUAUGGGAAACAGCCCUACUAGAAAAAUUAACUAAUAAACUGAAACUGACACGGGGACAAACAGAAGAAGACGCCUUCACCCCGGUAUGGCUCCCAUUUAUCACAUACACAGCCCAACAGGACAAUGACAAUAAUCCACCAACAGCAUACAAAUCAAUAUGGCUAACCUGAUCCAAAACACCCACCCACCUCACUCACACACGAAAACAAAGAUCACCACAGCCAAUCACAAGCAAACAAUCACACCCUAGGCCAACCCCAACCUCUCUCACCACCAAAGGAACACAAGUGAACAACACAAGCAACGCUGACACCAAACUCUACAUACAUUAAACAUAAUAGAAACACCGCCACCCGACCCCACCCCCAUCCAUCUUCCCUCUCUCCACCCCCCUUUUCUUUUUUCUUUUUUUUUUCUCCCCCUAAUGCCUCAACAAAUGAAACGGAUUUGUAAAAAUGUUACAUGGGGAAAAAAAUACGAGGCACUACACUUCUGUAAAACAAGAAAAUCCUUAAUAAAAUAUUUAAAAAAAAAAAAAAAAAAAAAGAAAUCUAUGGGAUGUAAAAAUGCUCCUUUGAGGCUGGAGCAUGCCCAGCGUUCAGAGAUGCAUUUUGGUUAUGACUUAGAGGGGACAAAAGUCUACUGUCAUCAAAAUGUCGUUUUCUCGGGGCUGACAUUCCCCAUCCAUCCUGCUUUACUGGUUUUAUUACAGGUGCCUGCAGUGACAUACAAUGAAUGUUUUCCCCAUGUGCACAUUGGCUUCUCAUUCUCUUACCUGCUAAAGUAAUUUCAGCAAUGAAGCAAGCCCUUAAGAUAACAACCAGCUGUGCUCCUUAGCAGUCAGAGUGUAUAUUCUGUUUCAGCAGGCUUUCCGUGCUAGGCUACAGCGAAGGAAUUAGAAUGAAUCCAAAGCCAUUUUAAGCUAUUAACAUUUUAUCCUGGGUGAGAACUUUUGAACUGGAUAUGAUUGAAAAGAGACUCCAGUUCCCUGGGAUUGUAUGGUGUGGUAAGAACAAGCAAGCAGAGUGGGACCAAUAUGCUGCGUUCACAGUGAGCCAAGAAGUUAUUGUUACUAUAACUUUUAUGACCCCUUUAACACACACACAGGGGCCUCCUCUGUCAUUGGUUUUCAGGAGAUCUGCAUACAGAAAUUCCAUUAGUUUAUGUCAAUUACUUAUUCGGAGCUCACCAAAGCUUAAAAAAUAUGGAUUGGUUCAGCAGCUGGAUUAAAAUAGGCUUGUGCUGUAUGAUCCAGAGGAAAGAUUGACCCAAAACAGCUGUAAUGAUGUAACCAAAUGGAGAAUUUGAUGGUGUGCACUUCUGGGCCAACUGCUAAAUAUCCUUACUCAUACUGAAUUUGACCUAAACAAAGUCCCAUUAAAAACUAAAAUGAAGGGACUUACCCAUCACCCAUAUAUGCCAGGUUUGUUAACGUAAAACAGUUAGCAUUGUUAUUAAUUGUUGGCCCUGUCAAGGGCUCCUUUGCAGAUCAAUUAGCAUUAGGAAGAGUUCCCAGCCUGCUGCCAUGGGAGCUUGCCAGGUUCAUGCAGUUAUUGGGCAAUUAGUAAAAUAGCCUAGCAAGCUAUAAGGAACAGAAAUAGACAUUUGCUCUUGGCAUAUCUGCAACUGUUAUUCUGGGCCAGGCACUCUUAUCAUUAAGAUUGUGCUGGACUGGUCAUCUGAAGUUUAGCACUCAUUAUCUUUAAUACUACAUGACCAAUCGGCAUGAAAUUUGGCAUAGGAAUUAAAAUUUCAGGCUUUAAUCAUGCUAAUUGUUGUAACUAAAAUUUUAAUCAUAGGUCAAGAUGUAUCCCCAUUCAACCAGUGGAGCUGAGAAGCUCAGUUCGCACGUAAUGCUAAGCCAAACUAUGGCUUGGAAUGAAUCAACAAGUAUGCUGGUGGUGCACAUUUAGCAAAUCAUGACCAAAUGUGUGGGCAGGCGGAAGACCUGCUGGUGGGUUUCCCACCCGUGGAGGCUAUUGGAAAGCUCCAAAACGCAUUCUGAGGAUGCUGGCUGGCAGAGAUUUCCAGGACGUUAAGCAGAGAUUUCCCACAUCACUAGCAACUGGACCAUUUCAGCCAGAGAUUCAAAAAGCUAAAUUUAGGACUUUGUGUAGGCAAAAACAGAUGUUCCACCACUGGUACCAGUUGGCAAUUGGGACAAUGUGCCUGGCCUCCCCCAUCUGCUGCUGCCACUUUGAAUGGCCAGGAUGCAGCCUCUGUGGUGGAAGCAAGCAGUUUGGAUGGGUCUCUCCAUAUAGAAAAGAAUACCUUGAAGUUCCUGUCAAGUCUACCUGCUAUUCAAGAGUUGCUGUUUUUGGUUUGUCUCAAUCCAGGGGCCAUAUUUUAUCAGGAAUUCCAAGGUACUGGUUUGCUGAGUGGCUUCAUGUUUCUCUUUGGGUAAGCAUAUUCCUUGAAUACUUUACUCACAUUGGUUGUAAGGCAUUUAAGUGAAUGUAUCAAUACUGAGAAAGGCAAGGAUACAUGGCCAAUCCAAUCCAUAGGAGCAGGAGGGCAGGCUGGCUCUGGCUUUCUGCCUACAGCUAAGGAGAGCAACACUGGAAGGAGUCACCCUGACUGUGGCUCCCAUUCCACGAAUGGAAGGAAAUGGAACCGGUCAUGUUGCAACCUGACAAAAUGGCUAAACAGUUAUGGGGCUUGUGCCAGUGGGGGUGAACUUUUCAUUAUGUUUAUCAGGGGUGGGGAAUGUGUGACCUUCUGGGUGUUGCAGGAGUACAGAUCCCAUCAACUCUGGCCAUUGACCAUGGAUCAACCAAUAUAUAUGAGCUAGACUACAGAUUAUCUCAACCUUAAAUAGGCCACUUCUGAAUGGCUACAAUUCACUUGUGGCGUCUACCAUCUACAGCUUGUCACUUGAAUCCUCCUGAUGAACAGAACAAAACAGAGAACAAUUCUGAUGGAUGGACUUCUCACUUAUUGUAGCUCCACACAUUUCAUAGUAAAACACUCCUUCAGGAACUUGAAAAGCUUACACCUUAAAAUCUUAAAAAAAAAAAAACCUUCAAGAACCAACUUGAAAAGUGGUAGAUCAACAUUUUAUUCUCACUGCAGUGAUGUUCAGUCAUCCCAGUUCAGGACUGGGCCUUAAGCUUAGCAGCAAGGCAUUAUGUUCUAGCUUACAGAAGGUCUUGUUCAGUUCCUUGCAUCUCCAAGUAAAGAGGUUGGGUUGCUAGUGAUGUGGGGAGUCAUUGCUUAAGACCCUGGAAAGCUCUGCCAGAGGUGAUAGGGAGCCAGAGGGACAAAAUGGUCUGACCUGGUGUAAGGCAAGUUUCUGUGUAUUUAAUUUGUGGAGAGUUUGCACACCAAUGCUGGGUAGUGAUGGGGACAAGAAAGAUUUGUUAUGUAUCUAAAAGAAAGCAAGGCAUGAUGCAAAACACAGAAUUAUGAGCAACAAAAUCCUGAUCAUAAGCUUAUAAGCUUAUAAAUGUAGUGCUGUUUUACUGUUUUAUUGCACUGUAAUCUACCUUGAGAUUAUAGGAUGAAGGUCUGAAAAUUCUCUUAUAAGUAAAUAAUCUAAAGAUACACAGGAAACAGCUUUAUGUUGAGUCAGAGUUUUGGACGAUUGAAUUCAAUAUUGCAUUGAAUAGCACUGGCUCUCCAGGGCUUUUGGGAGAUGCAGGGCAGUGAACCUGAGGCAUUCAGUGUGUUAACCACGUGGUUUUAUCAUUGAAUUAUGGCCCUUCCCUAAGAAUACAUGUUUACUCACUUUAAAGCUUUAGGACAGAAAUGCAAGUGAGUUGAAGAGAUGCAGUCUCAAAGUCCAACUGUGGUAAUCAAAUGGUGAGUGUAGCACACUCUGAGACACACUGGGAGGAGGAGGAAGAGAGAUACUAAAUGCUGUUGCCAUGGAAAAUCUCUGCACAAUAGGGAGGACCCGGAUUGCCAAUUGUGCUAGAUGUUGGAGCCAGGGUGUGAAGAGAAACCAGGUGGAAGCAACUUCCCCAAGGGAACAAGAUACCGUGUAAGACUGCCUUAAAAGUGCUGUGUGAGAUUUUGAUCUCAGUGAGUGGAAACUAAGCUUCCACUUGCUGAUACGUUCCGUUAAGAAAUCUCACAGAAUUAUGGCUGAGCUAGUAGAAUUCCUCAGACUGCAUUGCUUCACACAUGUCCACAGACAGGACUAGAGAUGGAGGAGAAAUUCACAUUUGAAAGCAAGCUUAUUAAUUUUUCCAAAACAAAAAGUGAACUGAAACACAGCUAUCCUCCAAAAUUCACACGUCUCUGGAUUUUACAACACAGUUUUCCAGCCAAGUAAAUUAUACAACUGUGUAUGUACUGGGGAAACUCUGCAUAAAAGGCAUGCAUUAGUGAAAAUAGCAUACAGAAAUGCAUUGUAUUGAAGAAAGUUGCAUACAAAAAUGUGUAUAUUAAGAGAAAUUCAAACUAAAAUGCUGAUGAAUUUCCAUGAGGACAUUCUGUGUGUGUGUGUGUGUGUGUGUGUGUGUAAGAGAAACCAAAAUUGACUGAUUUGCCCACCCUUGGACAGGACAGAUGCUAUUUAUUCUCCCACAUGUCCCCUCACUUCUCACAUACACACUCAUCAGUGGCGUGGGAUAACACAACCUGAAGGCUGUGCUUUCAACAUCAAGCACCACACUCAAGUUCUUCAGAGGUGAAACUAUCACAACACCAGACAGUGGCUGUAUCAAUGGCAUUUCACCAUACAAGUGAGCGCUGGGCACAAUUUUGGCUUUAGGCACGAUCCCUGGAAUGCAACCUUGGUGCAUGUUGCAGGCUUACUAUAUGCCAGCUGCUUCACAUACCAAUUGGGUGGGUUUAAAAGAGGUUCAAACAAGUUCGGAUCCUGCUUGAGGGCAGAUCCCACAGGCAACUGUUUGGCCACCCUAAGAACAGGAUGCUGGACCAGAUUCUGCAAGCCGUUCCUGUGUUCACUUGCUGGAGUAAUACAAUAAAUGCUUGGACUUUAGUGACCAGAGCAGGCCUGGCACCCUUACCUUUUAUGACAGACCCCUUCGUUUCUGAUUUUAGAAGAUUAUGAGGCUAAAAUGGAAGAGAAUAGUGGGUCUGUAGAUUUCAUUAAUCAACAAACUUAUUCCCUCCCUCCUUCCCCAUCAUUUGGAAGAGUUGUGUCACAGGCUCCUUCCACGUGGCCUAAAUCUCCAGACCUUACUGAAGCAAUUUGGCUUUCCUUGCCAGCAGGGCCCAUAAUUAUACUGUGGUUUCCUUGGGCACUCUCUUUUGGUAUGCAAACCAUGGUGUCGCCUGACUUUAUGACUUUGACAAUUCUUCUGCAGGUGUUUUCUGUCGUUUGUUGGGGUUUUUAUACUCACACGGAAAAAAGGCAAGGAAUGUUUGAGAAGUUUUUAUAUCGACUAUGGACAGAUUCCUGGUAAGUUUUAUCCUGGAAAUAUUUUGCCUGUCAUCUCUAUCCACACAACUGAAAAGCAUCCAUGAGCAAAAUAGUCAAAGGGGAAAAAAACAAACCCACAUCAGAUAGCUCUUCCAAUCAUGUUUAAUAAAAAUUGCUUCCCCUUAAUUUCUCAUCCCAUUUCCAGUAGGUUUUUCUUUUUUAAAAACCUCCGAAUGACUUCCAUCCCAUUGCCACAGUCUAUCAUAGCAAAACAAAAUGAAGCCUGCAGUAAGAAGCCUUUUAAGAGGAACAUAAUUAAACUUGUUAGAUUUGAUUUAUCAUUGUUGCUCCGAGUCCUUUUUUUUUUUUUUUUAAACUUCUUCUUUUAAUCCCACAGGAAAGGAGAUGAGGAGUAAAAUACAGCCAGAUUCAACCAGCUUAUCCUACGGCUCUUUAUGUAAUGAAGGUGACUCUGUAAAGACUCAAAGCUAAGAGAAUAGAGCGUUUUAAAUUCCAGUUAACAAGAGAAGCUUUCCAUUUAUUGGCUCCGUAUUCAACACCACCCUUUUAUCACACUUGUUCAUUACGUGUCAAGUUAUUUUAUCCUGACAGUUCUUAUGGUUAUUUAAUCCUCUUUGAGGAUCCCCUGGCUAUCACAAAUGCAUUGCGGUUUAAGCCAGCUAUUGUGCCUGAAAAAAAGAAGCAGCAGCAAGCAAGCAAGCAGUCAUUAAAUGGACUCAGGGUGUUUUCCUUCUGCAGUGGAUCUUCCUUGCUUUUCUGCAGCCAAAGUGGCUCAGGGCAGGUGGGGAUGAGAUAAACACACAAUUGUGCAAACAUUCUCCUUGAUUUCCAUUUGAGUGGAACAACGUGAGGGCAGCAAAUCAGAAUUGCGCCUGACCCUGCU